AUUUAUGUGAGAGUCAUUAAAUCCCUCUGUGUCGGAGUGUGCCUGUGUCUUGCGUGCUGACAAUGAUCGCACACUUAGAGUUCUGCAUCUCUGCCCAGUGAGAGGAGAAACUGCAAGGUAGCCAAGCCACCUUGCGCAGUACGAUGGGGGGACAGCUAACCAGAAGCACACUAUACGGUAAGGAGCUGGCCAGCAGCACUGAUGUUUAGACAGCAAAUUCUUAAUGUUGGGUAGAUUUCAUGCCCUUUGCCUAACCCUUCCGCAGCAGGGGACAAUAUGGCUCAGAAAGGUAAGUGAGCUACAGCAAAGAAGCUGUAGUCUCUCCUGAUUCUCACUUGGUGCCUUUUCCUUUAAAGAUAAAUCUUCUUGCCAGAGAUGUUCUUUUUAAAUGCAGAAUCCUUAGACGGCUCUCUGUGUGUGUGUUUUAUCUGAUCUAAUUCCAUAUGUCGCUUUUGUUUUAUUGCUUCGGACAAAUAUUUGUCUGCAGAGCACUGCUUCCUGCUCUGAUACCCUGUAGGGAAAAAGAGAGAGAGAGAGAGAGAGAGAGAGAGAGAACGAACAGUUUGUGGCGUUGACAUGAAGGCAAGACAGUUUACAGGGCUUUCAGAGGAAACAUUCAUUUGAGAAAAUGGAUCAGGGUUUCAUCUUUUUAAGAUUCCUCCGAUAGUGGGAUUUUGCGCUCUGCGUGUAAAACUGUAUUUGGUUUACAGCACAGCUGGAGGCUUGAAAAGGCUGCUUCAUUGUAAAUCCAUUUAGUACAGUAUGCUGCAUGUCUUUGUAGGAUAAUGGACUGGAAUGCAUAGGAGACGAGGGUGCAGUAUUGCAGCGUUACAAGCAGGUUAAUGCAGAGAAUGAAAAACUUUAGGAUGCGGGACAAAAUCAUAUGGCGUCUGCAUGCUUUUAUAUGAUGCAGCGAAGGGAACCUAUAAGGGUGCUGUCAUGGGCAGGAUGCUACCAUAAUUUCAGACUCAUUGAUUUCAGUGAAAGAGUUAACCAAACGCUUAACUUAUUUUCAUCAAAGUUGAUGGGGACAGACAGGGCUUAACUGUGACUGGAUGGUGCAUAAUAGGGUUCAUACAAAACCUCUUUAUUCUUUUGGGUUAUUAUUUCUCUUCAAACUUGUUUAUGUUGAGUGAUAAAGUGCUUUUUAUCUAAAACAUUUGUUCAUGGGGGCCCAUAACUCAGUUUCAAAACAGGAAAAUAACAGAGUAGGUUUAUAUUGAAACUGCGCCUUUGUACAGAAGUUGUGACAGUGCAUUUGAUAUAUAAUUUUGCUUUCCAGUAUGAGAUGUUGGUAGGAUUGUUCUCAUUUGUUGUGUUUCCAUACUUCAUUACAGUCUUCAAACAGUAAACCAGCCUACUAACUUAUUUAUUUAUCACUUGCAGUGGAUUCUGAUGACAGUUUUAAUCGUUUGCUUUUCAUUGUCCAACCAAGUUUCUGCGCUUUCCCCCCAGUGUAUCACAUGUCACGUAUUGUUUGCAAAAUAACGUUUGCGUAUUGUCAUAACAAAAAUGAGAAAUCCAGCAAGAAGGGUUGGAUUUUCUUCUGCUGUUUAAAACUAUUAAUCUGUUGGUGAACUUUGCGGGGUGGGGAAAUCUUGACUGAAUAAAUACUCCCAUGGGUCUGUGUAAAUGUAUAUGAUUCUACUUGGAUGCAGCAGUCAAUGGCUACUUCUGUGUAGCGUAGACACCCAACAACUGCACUGCUUUCAUUCUCUUGGCUUUAUUCAUUCUGGGGAGGGGAAAAACUUAGCUUGGGAAAUAGGAGGUAGAGAGACAUACUAAAUCUACCACCAUAGAGGAGAAAUAACUAUAAAGAAAUCUACAUAUACAAGAAAUAAUAGCUACAAACUGACCACUUUUGAAAAACCAUGCUAGAAAUAAAAAAACAAGAACUUUUAAGAGUCUUACAGAAGCAAGAGAAUGAAGAACCUCACUGGGUUCAAGUUGGAGUUGGAUACAGUAUGUUUCUGAAGGGGGCAUCUUUCUUUGGGGCAUAAGAUACUGCUACAGUUUGAGAUGGGAGGUUGGUUGCAUGGCACGGAAUGGUGCCCAGCUACAAUUGUUUUCUAUGGAAGACUCAAUCGAUAAAAUUUACUUGCAAACAGUUCUGGCUGAUUUUCAUAUCUUGGAUCAGGAAGAGAUUUCCACUAGAUUUCAUUGCUUCAUAAAUCUGGAUUUUGGGGACAUGGAGGCUUGCUUUUCCAUGUAUUUGGGCCUGUGUACUCACUCAGUUCAUAUGAAAUAUCUGUGCUGUAGGAAUCUACUUGUAAUGCAUCUGCUUUCUGCUUGAUUUACAGUACGUUCUGGAUUACGCAGACUAAUCCACUGGGUUAGAGGUUGUCCUGGUUUGCCUUUCCCAAUUUAUCUUGUCUCCUUAACUAAUGUUCUGGCACAGAAUCCUAGCCCCGGUGCACUCUUCCUUGCAGAAUUUACACAGAAGUAGAGCUAUAAAAUAAGUUUUUCUAGAGCAUUGUCACCUACAAAGAAGUAAACAGUGUCUCAAAUUUCAGCCAUCUACCAUUUACUAGAAGCAAAAAAUCACCUCAAACAUAAACAAAAAUACAAAGAAAUCUUACUGAUUUUUGCCAUCAGGUGCUUUUUUGUCCCAGCCAAUGGGAAAUGUUGGGGUAAAACUUUUCAGAUAAAGAAAAGGAAACAAAUGUACAAGGGAAACAAAUGUACAAAACCUGUACAAUAUUUUCAUUCUGAAAACACGCCCCCCCCCAAAGAGCAUGGGACAUUUUUAAGAAAUCUUUGAUCUUUGUCAGUGGGGUGCUUUUUUUGUCUCAGCCAGUCAGUGGAAAGUCCCUUGGGUUUUUUUAAAAGAAAACUUGAUUGAAGAAAGUGGAUUAAGGGGCUCUUUUCUUCUGACACUGCUAAACGAGGCAUUUUGCUACUAUGAGAUACACCUACAUUCUGGCAAUGGUAGUAAAAUAUCCCCCAAACAUUUUGUGUUACGUUUCUUUGCAGUGUUGCAUAAUCAAGAACAGGAAUAUAGUGGAUAUUAUUUUUUUCAGGGUGCUCUGGGGCUCCCCUUUUGUUUGACUCAGAAACUGCAGUUAGUUUAGAAUGCUGCAACACAAUUGCUAACAGGUGUGAGUCCCUGUCAACAUAUAACACCUGUGGUCAGAAAUCUGUACUGUUUGCCAAUUUAAUACCCAGCCAGAUUCAAGCUGCUGAUGUUAGUAUAUAAAGCCCUUAACAACUUGGGACCAGCUAGAUUUUUACCUGCAAGAUUGCCUUACCCCAUAUAUGCCCACUUGACUGUUUAAAGCUGUGGAACUGGCAUUGUUACAGGUACGACAUAAUACUCAUUCAGCAUUUGUAACAAAUCAAUCUUUGGAACUCCCUUCUUAUUGAAAUCAGGCAGGCACCUUCACUGUACUCUUUUUGGCGCCUGCUAAAAUCUUUUUUGUUCAAACAAUUUCCCUGGAUAUGUAGAAUAUUGGCAUGCGUUUUUACUCUUGUUUCCAGUUUUCCAUUGAUUUUAAUUAUUUUUGGAAUGCAACUAGAAUAGAUCAGAAAGACAGGAGGCGCAUUUCAAAAAACCAAAAUGCAUGACGAAAGGAACACCAUGAUAAUGAAAGGAGUGGGGGUUGAUUUUUUUGAAUAGCAUGAUCCUUUGUAUGGAUAUUCAAAAAUAAGUUCAACUAUAUUCAGUAGGGAGUAUUCCCUUAGUAAGUAUGUUUAGGAUUGCUGCCUAAGUCUUGGACCUUGUCAACAGGCAGAAACUGUUCAGACUAUCGCAGACUAAACUUGGUGCAAACAGUGGUGAUGCUUUGCAUAUGGAAAGUGGAGGAAGAUUACACAGUAUAUCAUCCACUAGGGGAACAUAUACCAUUUGUGGAAUGGAUUGCUCCUCCCCUUGAAGUCCCUACACACCUGAAAUCUACUCUGGAGGGUUGUAGGCCUCACCGGAGCAGACUGGGGAGGGGGGCAGAGACUGUAAAGGGGAAGAGAAGAAUGGGAAGCCCAUUUCCUCAGUGCUGAUUAUCAACCACUGUUUUUUAAAUGUUCAGUUUAAAUUACCUAAAUAACAUGAAUGUGACAUGCCUACCUGAGCAUACAAUUUGAAUAUAUUGAAAUGAGCCUAAGUACAUUAGUGUGUAUGUUACAGCAGCCGUCUUACCAAUCACUGAUAAACGUAAAUCAUUUAACUACAAAUGAGUGCUUUCUGCCUCUCCUCUAAUGCUCUUAAAGCAAGUUAUUUUGGGCUAUAGUUGCAUAUUCAAACAACUUUUGUUCCCAUUUUUAAAAAACUUGGAUUUUGUAUAUCCUGUACUAUUUGUGCUGUUUUGCCCUAUGUUUCGUUGGAAUAUACUUGGUGUAAGUAAGAAGAAAUAAUCAAGGAACUGUUCCCCCCACCCCACUUAGUCCUAUCGUAUAACUGAUUUUGGUUCAGUAAGUAAUUGCUGUAGAGCGUAUCCAUUAUGAUAGUUUUUUUAAAAGGUACCUAGAUAUUUGCACUUCCAACAUUAGGAGUAAUAGUAAACUUUAUCUUCUGAAGUUUACUGAAGGUGAUCUAUUAUCCUAAUAAUACAGUCAUACCUCUUGUUACGUUUGCUUCAUGAUACGUUUUUUCAGGUUGCGUCCCGCAGCGAACCGGAAGUACCGGAAAGGGUUACUUCCGAGUUUUGCCACACACGCAUGCACAGACGCGUAAAAUGAUGUCACGCGCAUGCGCAGAAGCGGGUUGCAUUCCUUUCAGGUUGCGAACGGGGCUCCGGAACGGAUCCCAUUCACAACCAGAGGUACCACUGUAGUUCUUCAGGAGUAGAAGGAGUGGCUGUGACUAUGUUUUCAGUAUAAAUUCCCAGUGAUGGAAUAACAUUGGGCGUCUUGUUAGGGUAGAUACAUGUCCUAAUUUGCAGGGAACAAUCCUAUUUCAAAGGCUUUCAGAAAACGGUCCUCUCUUUGAAAGUGGCCUCUAUUUGAAGUGCAAGUCUAGCUUAAAAAUAAGGAACCAUAAGAAGGUUAAUUCAUCCCAUCAAGUUUAGCACCUUGAUAGCAAGCUUCCCUGCUGUGCUGAGAUAUAUUAUAUUUCUAAUUAAACUAUAGUCUUCAUUUCUGAAUGUGUGCAUAAAUCAGCACAUUAAGUAAUAUGCAAAUUGGUGCCUUUUCUGGUGAUUGGCGGCCCCUUUUUUUUGGUGAUGCGUAAGUGACCACCUUCAUGUUGUAGCUGUGUGGAUGAGGCCAAACAUGGUAACCAGCUGGAGGAACAAAAGAAGUUGCCCAAUAAUUGUUUUAUGAAUAACCCUUCUUUGGAUGGUAGAGAAGACUAUUUACCUUAACAUGAGAUCAGGCAGAAGCAAUAGCCAUUAGUAGAGUGGAAAGCAGAUGACUUGUUUCCCACCCUAUAAGCUAACAUUUGGUUUUGGAGGGAGGCACACGGUACUGCAAUUAUACCAUUUAUGGUAGCGGGUUAAAAGUUAUUGUCUAGUAUAACAGCUGUUCAUAGUAAACAUACACUUUAUAAAUGGAGUGCAGUGCAAUGAUAUUGAAAAUAACAUACAAGGGAAAUGCAGCUAGUCUUCAGCAGAGCAGACACCAAGGGUCUUGUUUCCCAGUUCUGUGUUUCUGAUCGCAAGGCUGUAUCAUUUCUCUCUGGGGUUUUUUUAAAAAUAAGAAUCAAAUUUUAAGUAUUAGAUGUUUCUCUCAUUGCAUAGGGCACUCCAUUUUAUGUGUGCUUAUUAUGGAUGUCUUUUUUUUUACCAAGAAAAAAAAAUCAGGUAACUAUUUGCCACAGAGAUUUCUGCUUAUAUAACUCUUCAUAACAUGAAAACAAGCAACAAGACAAACAACCUUUGUGAUAAAUGUUUCCUGUACAAUUACCUCUUUUUUUAAAAAAAAAACUUCUUUUGAUGAAAAGUGGGAUAUAAAUUCCUUAAAUAAAAGCAAAUAAAAAUAUUGUAAACUGCAUAGUUUAAAAUUAUGUAUUAAAACACACACUCAACAUUGCUGUUUUGUUUAGGGUGCUUCCAGGCAGAAGUUUAUUGUGGAGCUGGUGCCACUCAAGAUUUGGGCACUACCCACAUGAUGUUGUCAUUAUCAAAAUGCCAACUAAUACUUUUUUUUAAUUAAAAAAAACCCUUAAAUCCAUAGUUCCUCUUACAGUGGAAAAUCCAUUAAGUAAAAACAACCCAUUAAAUAUCUACAGUUACUGCUAAUGUGGAAAGGCAAGGGGGCAGAGAGUUGUCAUGUAUGCGGUGAUGUUUUUGUAGGUAGCCCCUGUUGCCCUACCCCAUUUCAGCUUGCUUCUCACCUGAGCACAGCGUAGUCAUUUUGUUUCUACUAGCCAAAAGGAUACAAGUGCUCCUAUUUCCAUCAGUUACCGUAUGCAGAAGGCGUGUCAGAAUUCCAACAACUCAGUUUGGAGGAAGUAUUCUCUCACCAUCUCAACAUAUGUAGGAGAUUACCUUGGGACAUUUUAAAAUCAUCACCAUAUAGAGGUCUUGUGCAAGACCUGCUCAUCAGAAUUUCACUAUAGCAAAAAGUCAGUCUUCCCCAAGACCUCCGUAUUGAAGAAACCCAAAUGGAAAUGGGUUAUCUCUCCAACCCGAAGCACAUGCUUCCGUUAUGGCCAUUGUGAACCACAGUUACAUCAGUCUUGCGUUUUUGUGCGCUUCUUGUGCGGUUUUUUGUUUUGUUUUAAGUAUGUGCACAUAGGUACAAGAAUACCUUAGUGCAUGCCCAGAAUGGGGAAAGGGUGAGGGGGUGACAGUGGAGGACGAGGGGGACAGUUAUUCAGCAGAGAGGCCAGAAAACAUCAUAGACCUCUUGCUGAUGUGCAUGGUGGUGGGAAUCUAAGACUAAAAGUGGAAUGUGUAGUUGAUCACAUGUCAAUCAUGCACCGAGAGAAACUUGGUCUGAAUGACACAUUAGCAACAUAAAGCCCCUGCAUGUAAACUUCCACAGAAUCAUAAUAUUAUGGUUAAGGUUUAUUUCAAAUAAAUCUUACAUGGGAAACCAAAGAACAUGCUGAACCAGGCCCAUCUAGUCUACCAUCUUGUUUCCAACAGUUGGAUAGCCAUGACUCUUUCUUUUGUCCCUCAGCAGCUGAUAUUCAGAGGCACAGUGUCUUUGAUCCUGGAGUUAGGACCUGGCUACGAUGACUAGCAGCCUUACGCUUCAUGAAUUUGUCUAAUCACAUUUUAAGCCCAUAUGGCCAUCACUACAUCUUAUACUGGCAUGUUUCAUGGUUUAACGGUGCUGUGUGAAGUAGUCCUUCUUGUUAACUGUCCUGAGUCUUCCAGUUUCAUUGGAUAAACUCCAGUUUCUGGUAUUAUAAGAAAGGGAGACCAGCUUCUCUAUAUCCACAUUCUUCUCACCAAGCAUAAUUUCAUACCUCUCUGUCACAUCCCUCCUUACUCACCUUUUCUCUAAACUAAAAAAGCCCCAAACAUUGUAAUUGUUCCUCAUAAGGGAGUUGUUCCAGUCCCCUCAUCAUUUUGGCUUCCCCCUUCUGAACCUUUCCCAGCUCUACAGUCUUAUAUUUGAGAUGUGGUGAUCAGGACUUUGCACAGUAUUCCAAGUGUGGAAUACCACAUUCUACAACAAACCAGCAUUUUCGUUUGUUUGCAGAGACAUCACAAGACUCCACAUAGUGAUGAUUGAAAUGUAUACAGCAAACUCUGCCUGGAUGGGGAGCUGCCAAAAGCUACGUUUUGCCAUGAUCUUUAUAGCUACGUGAAUUGGCCCUCUGGGUUGAUUUAUGAAGCUUGAGCAACAUUUUAAAUGCCACAGUUGGACUGUUGACGGUUUGUUGACUGAAAUAGACAAGAAUUCAUUUCCCUUCCUACCCCCUUAUUAGUUUAUGCAGGAAAAAGCUGCAGCAAUAUGCAUGCAUGGAUGUGAAUAACUUGCACAUAUCUUCCAGGGAUUUUCUUGCCGGUCAUGGUUCACAAUGAAUUAAGAUUCUGACGGCAGUGCAAUUGGGCAUGCAUAUCCUUCCCUCGCUCUGUAAACAUGAUAUCCACCAACAAAGUACUGGUGCAAACAGCAGAUUUUGUUAUUCAGCUACAUUACCAGUUAUAUCAAGCACCUCAUUUAUAGUUUGGAAACUUAUCAUUAACAGCAGAAAAUCAGUGUACAUGGGGGGGGGGGAAGACCCCAGGCCAAAUUCAGCCCACCAAGGGCAGAUUCACACCAUACAUUGAAAGUGCAGUCAACACUCAUUUAAAAAUAUGACUUCCCCCAAAGGAUUCUGGGAACUGUAGUUUGUUAAGGGUGCUGGGAAUUGUAGCUCUGUGAGGGGGAUACCAUAUUCCCCGGGAUUCUAUGGGCGAAGUAAUGUGCUUUAAAUGUGCAGUGGGGAUGCUUUAUGGUGUGGAUCUACUCCAAGUUUUUCUGUUUGGCUCUCAGGGUCAAAUCUCUCUCUAUACCACACACUCUACCCUUACCCCCCAGGCCACAUUGAAUCUGUUGUGUUUUAUUCCCAGCUGCUCUGUGUCUUGUAAUUUUUCCAUCUUGUAUGUUUCCUACAUCAUAACAUCCUAACCUUUCUGGAUUUAAACUGAUCCCCAUUCCAUUUAUCUCAGCAUUUGUAGCUCAGACCCCAAUUGUCUGCAUAUUUGUCCACCUCCAAGGCACAUUUUCCUAAUACAAUUUGACUUGCAAAUGUCUAAAAAGGGAACUGCCCGAGUUCAAAACACUGCCUCAUUAAAAUAAAUAAUACCUUGAUAAUGCCAAAUGUUAACCUCAGCACUGUGGAGAUGCAGUUAUUUUAGUAUUCUAUUUUGCUCUGAACGGGUAAAUAAUUUACAAACACAGGACAGCUGAAAUAGAGCAAUAUAUAUUGUUUCUAGACGCUGCUGCAAAUGUGUCAGGAUGUAGAUAUCAUCCGCCGCCCCCCCCCCCCACAUUUGGUCCACUGAGUAUUGCUGUGAGAUGAAGAUGCCAAGGCUCUCUUAAAUAUCUAUAUACAGCAUGGCCUUUAUAUAGUCUGAAAGAUGGUAUUUGUUUGCUUUUCUAAAAUCAGUCCAUCUCAGGGCUGGAUUAACUGAUACAGAAUACCCUGGGAAGAAUGUUGAAGCAAUGUUAACGUUUACUAAAAAGGGGGCUACCAGUGAUUAUGCUAUAAUCCUGUGACUUUGCCAGAUUUCAAGUGAACAUCUGAGGUUACUUUGAGUUGAAUAGUAGAAGCGGCUGGGGAAAAAAGUGUUAUGCUGUCCUUGUUUUUCUGUAUAUAAACAGAAGGUGUUUACAUGCAUGUGGUGGUGUUAAAAACCAUACUUUAUCCGAAUGGUUAUAAAAUAUACUUUAUUUUGAGUACUUGCUGUAAUUUAGGGCAUAUCUGCACAUAUGUAUUUCAAAAGUUCCACUCCAUGAAAUUACUGCUAUGAGAGGAGAGAAACUCCUUUUGAUAUGCUUUCAUAUUGCAGAUGCACAGUUCCCAUUUGCUUCCCCAAGCAGCAAGAAGUUCCAGCGAUUCUGCUGCCUGCAUUUGGCUUCCUUUUGCAGGAAGAGAUCACUAGAGACUUUGGUAAUUUAUAGUGUUUAAUGUCUUCACAAAUAUGAGAUGGAACACAAGUGGGAGGCAAGCACCACAGCCCUUCUAGCAGGCACUAGACCCUAAUACCCCAACACCAGUUCCCUGGAGCAGGGAUUAGCCAAGGUGGCACUUCCAGACACUGCUGGACUUCCAACUCCCAGCAAUGUCAGCUAGCAUGCCCCAAUAGUCAGGGAUGAUGGAGUCCAGCAAUACACCACAGAGGCACCCAGAGAUCCUUUCAUCAGCAGCUCAGCCAUCACUCUGUGCCUCUCAAAAAAAAAAAAGAAAAAAAAAAAGACAGGUUUUUCACAUACAAACCUUCUGACAGCCCCUCCCUUCAGUUGUGGGGGAUGGAGGGAAAUCAAAAACACCUCCUCCAAAUAGCUCUCACAUUCCAGGGAUGUGCGUCAGUUCACCAUCUAACAACUAGUUCCCAGGAAGAUACAUGUACCAGUCAUAUUGAGCCGUUUACCUGGAAAUCCCCAGCUAAAGGGGUGACUGGCUUUACUUGGCCAGUGUUCAUAACAAUACUUGCACUGUUUUAGUGGGAGAAAGCAGUCUGAGAAUAAUUUUGAAUUGUGGGAACAACUGGGGUGAAACAAACUAUUAGGCUCCAGAUCAGAAAAGUCCUAAGCUUGCUGCCACUCACUCACUUCUUCCUCCUCCUCCUCCUCUUUGGGGCUGUCUUCUGCCAGAGGAGAUGCUGUAGUGAGCUGCUGGGGGAAUGGGCUCCCACUAUUCCUGCCACCAAGCUUUCCAAACAGAGAGAAAAGGAAGCAAGGAGGGGAAAAUGAAGUUCUUCUUGUAUGCAUAACACACACAUCUCCCAAACAUUGCUUCCUUUCCCUUUUCUUCGCUAUGUUUGCUGUGUAAAUGAUGCUAUGAAUUGCUUUGCUGUUUGUUGUGGUUGCCCUUUGUUUUCAGGAAACAAGUUGAAAGUACUGGGCUGUGCCUCACACCAGUUAAUUCUACAGCAAGCUUGUUCUAGUACAGACUAAUCUAGUGAUUCUUUAGAGAGAAACUUUAAAUAAUGUCCGAACCAUGACUCUUAUGAGGUUCUGGACAUCAUGUGCACUUUUGCAUGAAGCUCUAGGCAACAUUGUUUCUUGACUAUUCACAUUUUGCACUCACUAACCAAGCUUCCUAGAGUAUAUAAAUUCCCAGGUAUCGAAUGAGGAAGAAGAGAAAUUAAAAAUUACAGCAAGUGAAGUUCUGGCUUCAAACAAGCCCAGUGAUUGCACAUGGACAUAAGGACUCUGCUUAUUAAUUAGCUGAUUAGGAAACUAAUUGCCGAGGCAAUGCAAUUUGUCUCAAAAUACUUAAAAUAAAUUGCUUUGGAAAUUAACCAGGUGUAACUGUUAAUGCAGUAUAUCACUUCUGAAAGACUGACCCUGCACAAAUGUACAUGGGAAUGGUAAAGCUGGGCAUUUGCCACAGCCCCAAUUCCAGUAGAGGACCACUCAACAGUUGAGGAUCCUCCCAUUCCCAGUUUGCAUGAAGUAUCCAUUAAGACUGGAUACAAGUUAAGAGAGUUCCUAGUUUGCAUGUCCUAAUUCUUCCAGGUAAGUGGGGCCCCACUGAAGGUACUGUGUCAAGGGCCCCCCAAAUAAUGCAGCCAGCACUGAGUGUACAACAGGGACUAUUUGCUGAGCUUAUAGGAUGGUGUAGCACACACAGGUUGUGUGUUUAUUUUCACUACACAGGAAAAGCAGAGAGGAUGUGUGCUGGCAACAAUUUGAGAAUGGUCAGGUACAUUUCUGUUUUACUGCUGGAACACACAUCUGGCUUCUAUCAGAACUGUGACAAUAGAUGGCAUCUUGACAGAAAAAAGAAGCACAUUCAGCUAUUCUGAAGUUUCAGCAGCCAGCCACUGACCUUCAUUUCUCAUGACACUGGUCUCAGUUCUUGAAUUGGAGAAAAGCACAAUCUGCAAGAUAUUCCAUUUAUGCUUCAUGUAUAGUUUCCUCUCAGCUCAUUUGCAUUUAAUCGUGAGAGGACUGUCCUUUGGGACAUGAAGGUGGUGUUAAUGUUUGUACGCCGUUCAAACUUCUUGAUCAGUCUCUGGGUUUUUGAUCUCUCAUGCCAUAGCUAAGAAACUGAGCACAUGCAAAGCAACCCAUAUAAAACAAAUGAACAAAGACAAAAGUAAAAGAAAGAAUGAACCAGGAACAGGAGGACACACGCAUAUAGUGGGCAGCAGUCAUAAUUCCUAAUGCAUUCUUUCAGUGCACAGUAAGGUGAAGCAGGAAAACUGUAGCAAUGCUACAUCCAAAUCAGUUCUUAAGCGCUUUCAGUGGAGAGGCAAGCCAGAUGUGUUCUACACAUUGCCAUUGAUCUGCAUUGAAUUGUGGAUGUAGACAUAGCCUGACACCCACAGUGACACCCUUCUUCUUUGACUGUUUUUUCGGUCUGGUUAAAGAUUAUGUAGGCCAGGUGAAAGCAGCUACCAUCCCACCCCGUCUUCUAAUUCAGUUAAAUCCACUAAGGGAUAAGUCCUAAGGACUUGUGAAAGGCAGCUAAGGGGCUGUUGGCAUCCGUCAAUCUCCAUCUCUGCAAAUGGAGAAGGAAGCCUGCCAUCAGAAGCCUCCAUGGUGGUGUUGGAAAGUUCUGCCACGUUUCUGCUGUUGACUCUGAUGGUAGUAUGAAAUGAAAAGGCUGUGUUGGGAGAGGAUUUGUGUGGGGGGGGGCCAACCUUGAAUCCACACAGGGUUCAAAGCCUUCUGGUUUUCCUGGCACACCCUGGCAAAGGGAGUAAAACUGCAGUAGCUCUGGGGCUAGCCUAGGUUUUUCCCUCCCAUUUACACCAAUGUGAGGGAUGGGGAAAGAAUGAUCACUAAGUACAAAAAAAAAAGGGUGAGGAAAGAAACUGCUCCUACCUUCUGCCCAAACUGGGAUGAGCUGCUCUUGAUAGUGUUGCCCUACUGCUCACCACCUCAACCUGUGUCCACCACUCCUGUCCCUUCGGGGCUGGUUUCUUGUUAAGGCACCUUCCUCCCACCAGCAGGGCCUUUCUCCAGGUGAGGUGCCAGGGGGUGGGGGGCAUGUGCCUGCAGGCAGGAACUGGCCCCGGCAUUGCAGCUGAGGUUGAGCGUAGAAAAUUUGCCCUCUCUGGGUGUGCUGAAGGAGGAAGGGUGAGUCACUUGUGGAUCCUGCUGAGAGCCAUCUGAAAAGAGUGGAACCUCCACGUUCUGGAGCAGUCUACCUAAACUGGGCUGUGGGCCAUGGGUUAGGGGGCAUAAGAGGGGAGCUGUAAUAAUCACUCAAAACAAGUUUGAGCACCUUGUGGUGAACCAUCACUGCAUCUGCCAUUAGCCAGAAAUCACUGUUUAUUGACUGACUUUUUUUUUUAAAGCAAUAUGUUCCUCAAAUUCUUUCCCCACUUGCCUUACUUGUUUUGCCAGAGUUUGUGUUCCUUUUUGUUCUGCUCAUUCGGACAAGAUGUCCAUUAUUUUAAAAAAAGAAUAAUUUUAUUGAAACUUUUUGUGACUCUUAAAAUGCAAAACAAGCAAACCCACAAGGAAUCCUCCUUGCCUUUUAUAGUUGCCUUGACUGUGUCUUCAUUAACCACACUGGCAUCCUCUUGGAGUUUUGCUGUUGCUUUCCUAAUCUGUGAUCUAUCUUAGUUUAUAUUUUUGUGGUUUUCAAUAAUCUCCAAGCAUCCUGAAAAGAUUCACCCCUGUUGACUCUCCCUUUCAGUUGUGUUUCAUGUCUCAUCCCACUCUAUCCCAAAGCAGCAUCUCCUCCCCCUCCUACCCCUGCUCCCUGUUGGCUUUUGCUUGACUUUCAGAAAACCAUACGAUUCUGUAUGGCUAACUUAAACCAACAACACACACACCCUCAUGCACAAACAAAGCCCACUGCAGCCAACCAAAGGCAAUCACCCAACCCCUCAGCCACCCCAACCUCUCUCACCACGGAGGAAACAUAAAAAGCGAAUAGAAAGAGAACCUACCCAAGUGAUGCCGACACAACACCCCCCAUACACUAAGUAAAAGAACAUAGGUUUUACCACCACACCCCCUCUUUUCUGUCCCCCCCUCUUGUCUUCCCAACCCUAUGCUGCAUAUAGCACCAGUGUCUCACAACAAAUGUAACUGAUCUGUAGAAAAUACAGCCCGAAGAAAGAGACAGUGCAUGUGCUUUUGUAAAUGAGGAAAACCUUUGAUAAAAACAAACACAGAAAACUCCAGAGUUUCUUUUAGGUCAAAAACAUUGUUUUCUUUAGGUAAAGUUGAUAUUAUUGGGGUGCAGGUUCUGCAUGGAUGCAGAGGACCCAUAGACCUGCUUAUGGAAGUUGAAUUGGCCAUGGGCUGCUAACUUGCCAUGGUGCAAAGUUUUCAUCCUUUAACAUCACGCAACCCUCUCUACUUAUGUGAAAAGCUGAACCUUUUAAGAGACUGUAGCAAAAUUCCUCAUAGUUCGUUUCCAGUGACUGGGGGGGGGGGGGGGAGAGAAAAGAAGAAUCUGUCCUGAAGUGAAGGUUGAGCUCACAGGCCAGCAUACUGAUUCAUAAGUGCGAAAAGUCAGGGACCAGUGUAAUUCUACUUUAAUGAGCCAGUGCUUUCUGUGUGGCCCAUAACACAAGAAACACCACAAUGAUUCACAACUGUUCCUGCCCUUUAAUCCAUCGAUAUUGCCUUGUGUCAUUCACACCCACUGAAUUUUAACCAUUGUUUUAAUUCUUACGAUGGUUAUGUAUUACUCAUUUAUUAUUUCUGUUCUGACUGUUCCCAGUUUUUUCCAGCUUUUUUGCAUAUUCAAAAGGCUUGGCUUUUAACAUCUCUGCACCUAAUUCUGUCUCAUGCUCUUACUGGAAUUUAAUAGGAUAGGUUCCAAGUUACUGCAGUGUGCAUGGAAAAUGUGCCCAGGAUAGGCUUUCCAUUAAAAUGUAUUUAAACUGGAAGAGAAUGCUGGCAGGUUUACAAGUAUUCCAGAACUAGAUCCCCAAAUACUAUGACUAGCAUUUCUUCUUUCUUUCUUCCAAAAGAUUAACUGCUGGUUUAUAUUUAGCAGCAGGAAUGGUUUUUUUUUAAAGAAGUGUACUCUAUCUGAGGCCCACUGAAGGAGAGCAAACAACUUUUACGUUGAUUUGUAGACCAUGGAAAUAAAACAUGGCCGUAAAAUAUUCACAGCUGGAAUCUCCUUUUACACAACUGGUGUUUGAAGUGUGAAUUGCUAUUUACACUCAGUCAGCAUGCAAUUCUGGUGAAAGCUGCAUGUUUAGUAUGUCUGUAUUAAAUUACAUUACUCUGUAAGACAGGAAGUGUAGACAAGUAUUGAUAUUCUCCUUUCAAACAUACCCUCCAUCUUGAAUGAAAAUAGCAUCCAAUUGUAACUAAACAUGGAUGAAGGCCUGUUCCUUGAUCUCAGGGACCAUCAAGCAAAAUUUGGUUAUGAUAUCUUAAGAGGUAUGUGAAUGCAGAGGGGAAGAGGUGCAAGGCCAAGAAAUAUUGCAGUCCAAAGCAGGGCACAGAUGGUAUCCCCUCCCUAGGGCCAGCACUUUAAAAAGUAUUGCUGCACCACUCAGACAUCAACUCCUGUCUUCAUCUAUGCCAUGGGUAGGCAAACUAAGGCCCAGGGGCCAGACCCGGCCCAAUCGCCUUCUAAAUCCGGCCCGCGGAUGGUCCCGGAAUCAGCGUAUUUUUACAUGAGUAGGAUGUGUCCUUUUAUUUAAAAGCCAUCUCUGGGUUAUUUGUGGGGCAUAGGAAUUUGUUCAUAUAUGUUUUUUCAAAAAAUAGUCCGCCCCUCUACAAGGUCUGAGGGACAGUGGACCAGCCCCUUGCUGAAAAAGUUUGGUGACCCCUGAUCUAUGCUGUCCUCAUGGUGCCACCUGAGCAGGCCAUCUCACUCUGCUGCUUCUGCCACUUUAAAGGUGCAAACAUUUAUUAAUCUAUUGUGGCAUUAGCUUUUGUGAACUAGUAUCCUCUUCCUCAGAUGCUUUUGAAGCGUUAUCCUCGGUUGACAUGUCCUAAUUUGGAGCUUACUGUCAGGUGCCAAAUUGUGUAGAACAGUGAUGGGCAUCUAGGAGUUGGUGAACUCCAACUUCCAGCAGCAGCAGUCAGUGUGGCUAAUGGUCAGGCUAAUGGGAGACAUAGUUCAGCAACAUCUGGAGGAUCACAGGCUCCCCACCCCAGUGUAGAAAGUUCUUUAUAUGGGGUUCCCAGUGUGAGAGUCCAUUCUUAAUGGUUUCCCGCCUGCUAAACAGGAAUCUGACCAAAUGGAAACUGUUUUCCUUAAUGCAGCAAGCAACUGCAAUUGAAACCCUAAAUGCACUUAUUAGGGCGUAAGUCCCAUUUAACAGAAUGAAACUUACCUCCGAGUAGGCAUGCAUAGGAUUGCCCCGAAUCUUUGCCAGCAUUUGUAUGAUAAAUUUUAACUAUAGCUCACUGAAGCAGCAGCUCAGUCAGUGAAAAUGUUGGCUUGCUGUGAAAAAUGUGAGUUCUCUGUUGGGGAUUAUUAGGAAAGCAAUCAAAUUUAAAACUGCCAAUAUCCUAUUAACUUCGUAUAAAUCUAUGGUGCAGCCACACUUGAGUAUUAUGUACAGUUCUGGUCACUGCAACUCAAAAAGGAUAUUGUAGAAAUGAAAAAGGAGCAGAAAAAGGCAAGCAAAAUCAUCAGAAAGCUGGAACGACACCUCAAUAAAAUUCUUGUACAAUGUUUGGGGCCUUUUAGUUCAGAAAAAAGGCAAGUAAAAAGGGAAACAUGAUACAGAUGUAUUAAAUUGUGCAUUUUGUGGAGAAAGUGGGGAGACAAAUGCUUUCUCCUGUUCUCAUAAUAUUAGUAUCUAAUGUGCUCUUGCCCUGCUUGUGGGCUAUAGGCAUCUGUCUGGCCAAUGGAGAACCAACAUUGCCUAGAUAGGCUUUUGGUCUGAUCCAUCAGGGCCCUGCCUUCUUGCGUUCUUACAUUUUGAUAUGUGAAAAGGUGAUGGUUAGAGUACCAUAAUGGCAAUUCCUCCUCCUCUCUUUCAUAAAUUCCUUCUCUCCCUGCACUCCUAAAUCGGGAAAACACAGGAAUAGAGCGGGAUAUAACAAAGUCGUAGAUCAAAUUUAUGAAUGAAAAGUAUUUUAGAACACACACACACACACACACACUGCAGUCCUUUGUUAUGUUUACUCAGAAGUAAGUAUGAGUGUGCUUACUGCCAGGGAAUUGUGCACAUAGGAUUGCAUCCUGAAUGGUGGAAAAGGGAAGGCUAAUAUAGGGUCUGAUUACAAUCUUUAAAUCGAGUACUGUUGAUACUAUAUGAGAUCAUAAGAAGAGUUCUGGUGGAUCAGCGAGGCUCUAUUUUAGCCUAGCAUUCUUACAAGCAUUUGCUGAAAUCUUUCAGUUAUUUCAAAUUGUGACAUAAUUUGUGGAUGGGCGGCAAUAGUUUAAAAGGAUGAUGUGUCAUUGGUGAUUGAAUGUGACACAAAUACAAAAGCAGUUGUUUGCAGGGCAUAAAAAUGUGUUGAUUUUCGCCCCAGAGGUCAGGAAAGGGAUACUGACAGAGAGUGCCCUUAGGAAGAAGUGUAAUGCAGUACAGCAAUGGCACUCUUCUUCAUGCUGUUAUUUCACCUGACCGUUUGUUGUUUUUUGAUGGGUCUUGUUUUAUGAGAGGUUGGCUUUUAUACCCUGUUCUGUGCCUGUCAGUGUUUACUUUUUUUAAAGUGAUUGGGGAAUAAGGCGCAGAACUCAAAUAACCCUAAGCUCAGAAUGUUGUUGUUGUUUAGUCGUUUAGUCGUGUCCGACUCCUCGUGACCCCAUGGACCAGAGCACGCCAGGCACUCCUGUCUUCCACUGCCUCCUGCAGCUUGGUCAGACUCAUGUUGGUAGCUUCGAGAACACUGUCCAACCAUCUCGUCCUCUGUCGUCCCCUUCUCCUUGUGCCCUCCAUCUUUCCCAACAUCAGGGUCUUUUCCAGGGAGUCUUCUCUGCUCAGAAUGUACUCAGAGAUACCUUGUUUAAUUCUAUGUCUCCUGCACUUAGCUUUGGUUGGCAGUUCUUGGGGUUCUAGUUAAAAAACCCCAAGGGGUGACACCCAAUGAUGUCCUCCCACUUACGCAACAGGACUUUAGGUUUCUCUUACCCCUCUCUAGCAUCCUGCACACAGCCCAGAUAUGCUCCAGAGUGUCUCUUAAUCUAGGGGCUCUGUCAUAGGACUGCCAAGGAAUGCUUUUGAGUCGGGGCGGGGGGGGGGUAGGAAAAGAGUCAGAGCGGAAACAGUCAGGAGACAGAGAGGAAGUGACGGAAGGGGGAGAGGGAGAGAGCCAGGAGGUGGGAAGGCUCUCCGAUGCUGAAGUAGAGCCCCAGCACCACAUAGGGAGUUUAGGAACAGACGGAGAGCCUGUGCCUUUGGCACAGGAAAGGAGAGGGUUAAAGCGUAGGGAUCAGAGACGUCCCAUGAAGCUCCCCUGCCUUUUCUGUUGGAGGAGAAGCAGGAGAAGACCGCUCCCCGAAUUUGAACUGGAUGAUUCGGAUGCAUGAUUGUACUGUGCUGCUUGUACAUAUGUAAAAUAAAGAACUGUAAAUAUGUCUCUUGAGUGUGCUUAUUGCGAAGAGCAUACACAAACCUUUACAGGCUCAUACACCACCACAGUGGUGAGAAGAUGGUAUGAGUAGAAUAUGUUGGAUCUCACCAUCUACCAGGGUUGUGAUUAGGAGUUGGAGUUAAAUGUUGGUGUAGGCAGUGAAGUUGUAAGGAUUGCUGUCUACUUGAAGUACCUGCUUCCCCUUCUAACACUACCUCACUUCGCCCCCAAUAGCUGCAAAUACUGCCAUCACUGCCUCCAUUUUGAUACUUACAUACUUACUAGAAAUAUCUUCUAGUUCCCAUCUAACAGAAGCAGUUUCUAACACUGCAGUAAGAUUCAUUUCAAGUUACCCCUUGAGGGAUUAUUAUUUUUUAAUUCUAGAGCAUAGAAUCUUUCAAUGUGGAUUGGAUUUCAUUUCUAAAACAAUUUUUUAGCAGAAGGGUUUGUGUUUUUGUUUUAGAUUAUCAGUAAUCUGCAGAUCAAAGUGCCAGUUUAUGUUUGUUUUGGACUUGUGCUAAUCACUUUGCUGAGCAACUGUCUUUCUGACCCCCCACUUCAAAAAGUCAACUGAUGCAUCCUUAUUGAACAUACAUGGAACACUCUGUAGAGUCAUUUUUGCCUGUGCCCAACAGAGCUAGCUUAUCACUAUAAAAAUGUACUCUUCUUCUACUGAUCUUGUAGAACAGCUUAACUCCCCAGAGCUAAAAUGAACCAGCGGUGUGACUCAAUAUACAGGAGUUUCCUAUGUUAGGUAAGCAGGGGAUAGAAGCCUAAUGUGCUGCACAAGGAGAAUGGUCUUCCACUAAGGCAAAACCAUUCCUGGAUACAACUCGAUAGCAAACUGUUGCUUUUUAUUUAGGAAAGUCUCCCCCUCAUAACCAACAUCAAAUCUGCAACUGAAUAGUUGGUUAACUUUUCUUCCCCAUGAAAAUCAAGAAGUUGUGACAACAUUACAGCACUUCUCUAUUCUCCAGACAUGAAUAUGAAUGCAGGGCAACAGCUGAAUUUGCCCCAUAAUAAAUGUCUUGAGAAAUAUUGUGGCAACUUGAGUGGUGGUCUUUCUGAAGUUUGAACGUGGGGUGGUACUAACUCUCUGUGCACAUGGAAAGUUAGCAAAUUCAAACAUGGCUAGUCUGCAGCUAGCCUUUGAUAGAGCAUUUUCAAACAAGUGAUUUUCCACAUAAACACAUUCAUUCUGAAGGUAGUCUAGGUGCCUGGAGACACUUUAUAAUAUUCUCCCCAUAGCACCUGAAUCAACUCUGUCUCAUAACAUACUAAUGUUCACAUACUUUAAAAAAAAUUCCUAAUGGGGUUAAUAUAGUUUAGGAUAGAAAUGUAGCAUGCCUUUCUUGACAGCACAGCCUGAAAAAAAACUACAUGCAGGUCCCGCUAUCGGAACGCAACAAGUUCCCUCGAAAUCAUUCAUUAGGUGAGCAUUCGCAUAAUGAGCCAAUAAUUUCCAUUGAUUCCUAUGGGGACAUUUCUAAUGUGUUCCUGACCACAGAAUUAUUGACCCUAAAAAACCUGAAAACACUCUGUAACCUUGCUUACAGUACAGAUCACCACAGUUUCUAAGCCACCCAGCAAAAGGCAAACAAGGAAGUAAAGAAUGCUCACUAUUCAGAUAUCUAAAUCUGUGCUGUAUAGCGAGGUUUGCGUACUAAUUCCUUGUGUUCAGAUAAACGAAUUUUCACAUAGCAAGCGUUCAGAAAGCGGCACAUUGUGUACUUGACUCAUCCAACCUGACCCUACGCUUUAGGCAAGACAAGAUUGAACUCUGUCUAGUUACCACACUCCUGUUAUUUCCUGAUUAUAAAUAUGUGCAAUGAUGGAGACUUUGCCAAUGCCUUUAGGGAUCUGUUCUUUUAAAAAAAUGGUUUCGGGUCAAUACCUAUUUCUGAACAGCUGACCUGUGUAAUGAGAGAUAGGUAUAGGAAGGACAAAAUCAAUUUACAGCCUUUCAGAAGAAUCAUAAAGCUUGUGUUUGGAAGUUUGCUGAAUUGUUGAAUUCAUCCAUUCAUUAACAAACUACUGCUCUUUUUUUAUUUCCGUAUGCAGUAUCUGGUUUACUGGAAACUAUCUCCAUACAGCCACUCCCUGUUUUGCAUCCAUGUGGUUAACUACUUUCUGUCAUAAAAUGAUUGUUUUGCAUUGCAGCUACUUUGUGUAGCAUGUUAUACGAAGCCUGAUCUAGAUACCAUAACUGCCUAGAUAUGUCAAGAAUUGAAUCUAGCCCCUUUUGCACGCAAAGCGUAUAUUCUGCCACUGGCUUAUGACCUUUCCCCAUGGGGAGGUUACACUGUGAGCAACACAAGAGAGCCCCAGGUACAGGAUUAUAGACCAAAGCUAAGGCAUCCAUGUAAGUAAUUAAAAUGAAUAAUCAGAUAACCAAGAAAGCUAUUUAAUUGAUCUGCACUGAUGUAGGUUUCCUAUUAAAUCUCCUUGAUAUAUUUGCUUAUUUGGUCUUUUCAAAAUCUUUAGUGAAGGAGAUCCCAUAGCUUUCCUCAAAACCUUUAACCAUUGUUCUCUUACAAAUUGUCCACAGCAUUUUAAACCAAUAUAUAUCAGCUGGUAAUUCAAGGUAACAGCCAGUUGCCUACUAUUGUUCAUUAAACACAAGUGAUUCAGUUGCUACCUUCCAUAUGCACAUUUGAAGGUUAAAGCCCUACAUGAAUGCAUAGGGAAGCUGUGUGCUAUGGGAAUUUUAUUUGUAGCCUUCAUCUAUGACCUCCCAAAGUCAUAGAAGGCAAACUGCUAUUCAGUUUUGGAGUAUGAGCUUUGUUCUGCCCUUCAUUAUUUCCCCCAGUUUCUUCAGGAUUGCUUGUACAAUCUGCAUAUGUCCCAAAGUUCUAAAUGGGUUUGCAGGACUGUACAUUUAAAUGAUCUAUGUAAAGUGUUUGAAGGAGGUUUUGAUGCUACCCCACAGGUCUCUUGUAUAUUAGUCUCACAGCUAAGCAAUAGUAGAUUUCAUUUUAGGAAUUUCAUCAGAUUUUUUUCCUUUUUCAAGCUCAGUUUCUCUCUUUUUCCUUUCUAUCUCAGACUCCAUAGGUGGACCAUUUCCCGCUUCAUCUCACCGAUGCCACCACAAGCAAAAGCAUUGUCUGCCCAUCCCACAGUGUGGAACUCUCUCAGUCAGCCCACUGCUGUUCCACCCCCAUACCAAGGGGUCACAGAUCAUCAUGGACACCACACAGAAGGCAGUCAAGCGUCAGGCUAGCUUCUGUAAUGCCAUCACCUUCAGCAACAGGGCAGUUGUAAUCUAUGAGCAAGUCAGGCUGAAGGUGAGUUGAUGCCUUUCCCAUUCACUUCUUUGUGAGAACCAAAAUUCAUAUGGCAUACCAGGACCUCGCAAUGGGAGGGUUUGUAUGGAGCGCAAAACUAUGGCUUAGCAUUAUGCACAUGAGCUUCUGUGAGCCUGAGUAAAGUGUUCCCCUGCCCUCCUAUCAUCUCCCCACAUGGUCAGGAGGUUGAAUAAACCAGGAUUCAGUUUUGCGUUUGGUGGUUCCUGGCUUGUGUGCAAACCAGGAACCAUAAACUUGUUUGUUAAUUUGAAAUUAACACACCUAAUCUGCAAGUGAGGACAAACUGGGAAGUGGCAAAAGUGAAAUUGUACCCUGGUUUAUUCCUCUUGGGGAGCACAUGAGUGUUGUACUUUGUAUAGUUUCCUCUCUGCUUGUGCAGCUAUUGCUAAACCAUAGUUUAGCAUUACAUUCAAACAUAGUCAAUGUAUUUUCAGAUGUAUUUAAAUCAACACUCAACUACUUUCUCUGAAGACCCAGAAUACAAGUUGAGAAUAUACCCCAGGGGUCUCUGUGGCACAGCAGAAUCCUCUUGCUUAUGCUUUUGCUUUGUGCGCUGUUUUCCCUUCCUGUCCUCCAGGGCCCUGUCCUGUGUUGCUUUGCAGGAUUAAUAGCUGGAGUGCCUUGUGUGCUGCAUUGUUUGAACAUUUAACUGGCUAUCUCAUACAGUUAGUGUAAAGUACAGAUAAAAUGGUAUAAAACCAAUAAUGAUGAAGCACCAUUUAUCUCCUUCCCACGAGCUCCCGCAGUUCUGCAAUAAAAUUGCUAUGAUGAAUAAUCCCACAGUUGUUGUUUUUUUUAAAAAAAGUGAUUAAUGAGGCUACUAUUAUUGCUUCCUUAUUACACAUUCAGUACAGUUAGCUUGUUUUGCUGCAUUUUCUUGCAACUUUGAGGAUGUGAUAGUCUGACAAGUGGCGCGGAGGCAAAUGUGGUUUUUACUAUAGCAAGCCUGGACAGUGUCUGUGGAGGUCCUGGGGUGGCCAGAAGACAAGACCCCACUCUCCACCUCACUGACAUGGUCCAAAGGAAAGGAAAGCAAUGCAUUUGGCACCACCUUGGCUGUAGCAGUUGACGGAAGCAGGCAUGCAAGAUGCCAUCCAACCACCUUAGCAAGAGACCUACCCACUUGGCACUCACGUCCUUAAAUAAACUGCUUUUAAUAUCAGUCUUUAGAACUUUUGUAAGGAUAAGGGUUGCAAGGAUAAGGAUAACAGAAUCAAAGAAUUGUAGAGUUGGAAGAGAUCCAAAGGGUCAUCUAGUCCAAUCCCUGCAACUCUCUGCAAUAUGCAAGCAUCACAUCUAAGAUAAGGUACCAAGGAUAAGGGUGGAUACAGAUAUGUAAUUAUCUGAAGAAACAACCCCAAUCUGCUUAAAUACCAGCAAAUUACUUGUAGCUUCCACUGGAUAUCUUUGCUGUUAAACUUUAUUUUUGCUUUUGAGUGUUGCUGUUAUUGCAGCUAUAUCCAGAGGCCCUAAAUCACAAAGAUACUGAUGCAGUCUUGCUCCUGUCUUCAAAACUUUACUGCUGGAUUUUAUUUUAUUUUACUGUGAUUUUAUUUCAGUAUUGCAUUCCCUUGCACACAUACAGAAUGCAUGCAGUUUUUCUUUGUAAAAAGGUAAAGGUAAAGGGACUCCUGACCAUUAGGUCCAGUCGUGGCCAACUGUGGGGUUGCGGCACUCAUCUCUCUUUAUUGGCUGAGGGAGCUGGUGUACAGCUUCCGGGUCAUGUGGCCAGCAUGACUAAGCUGCUUCUGGCGAACCAGAGCAGUGCACGGAAACACUAUUUACCUUCCCGCUGGAGCGGUACCUAUUUAUCUACUUGCACUUUGAUGUGCUUUCGAACUGCUAGGUUGGCAGGAGCAGGGACCGAGCAAUGGGAGCUCACCCCGUCGCAGGGAUUCGAACCACCAACCUUCUGAUUGGCAAGCCCUAGGCUCUGUGGUUUAACCCACAGCGCCACCCACGUCCCUGUGGUUUUUCUUUGUAGUAACCCCCAAUUGUGGAAUUUGUUCCCCUGGAAGUGUGGAUGACACCUACAUUACUGGGCUUCUGGUAAAGAAUCAUCUGUUUACCUGGAAAGUUGAUGGAAAUUCAGUGAUGAUGAUUGCUGCUGUAUGAUAUUGUAAUGAUUUAUAUUUUAAAUUCCUGAUUAUUGUUUUAAUGCCUUAUUUAAUCAGUGUGCUGUUGGUUGUAUAUUUGAAUGUUGUUAUUAUAUCUGACCUAUUGUAAACCACUUCAUUUUAAUUGAUGAAAGGUGGUUUCAUGAGUAAUUCAGAGAAUGAAUAAAUGUUACCAUUUCCAGACCUAUAGCUUCUACAAUAUCUCCUGUUUAGUCUCCAGCCAGCUUUCUGGCGUUGCUUACUUCACAAUGGGUUUCAACACCUUAAUUUGUGUAAAGGGUAACUAGCUUACUUAUUUUAAUCCAUUCAUCUUUGGAAUGAUCUAUCUAAUUGCACUGAAUCAAAUAAUAGAGACGAAAGAGUACAGCAGAAAUCACAUAUUCAUGUUUGUUACUGCAAUCAUGAGAAUAGGCUACAUGGGUGCCUGUUCAGGGAAAGUCAGAGUGGUUCAUUGUAGACAAAAAUGCAUUAUGUGAUCUGGUUGCAGAUAACAUUGAAUCUCCAAGUAAUUGCCAUCACUUAUAACCUUGUGGGGGGUGAGCAUCCCCACACAAUAUAUUGCUGUUUAGUAGUGUUUCUUCACCCCUUCCACCACUUGCAAAGCAAUCAUAUAGUUCCUAAUGCAACCCCCUUUUCUAAAACCCAUUCAUAUCCAGUACUGCUGGAAGCCUCCAACUCCUCCCUCCUCCACAUACAGUAAAUUCAAGCACUCGUCCCCAUCAGCUCAGUAAUGCUACACCACACAUUUAUUCUCUAUCCCUUAGACAAUGACAUGUUGCUAAUGAAAAAUUCAAAUUGUGCUGAUUAUGCUUCCAUUCUUCCCUCUCUUCAGAUCACAAAGAAGCAGUGCUGUUGGAGUGGGGCUCUUCGGCUUGGAUUUACCUCUAAGGACCCCUCUAGGAUUAACCCAGAAACCCUGCCCAAGUAUGCAUGUCCAGACCUCGUUUCUCAGAGUGGAUUCUGGGCCAAGGCCCUCCCGGAAGAAUUUGCAAAUGAGGGAAACAUCAUCGCGUUCUGGGUGGACAAAAAGGGACGUGUAUUUUACCGGGUUAAUAACUCUGCCGCCAUGUUGUUCUUCAGUGGAGUGAGGACCACUGAACCAUUGUGGGCUUUGAUUGAUGUCUAUGGACUCACACGUGGAGUGCAGCUGCUAGGUAGGUGCAUUUCUGGAAAAUAUGACUUUGUCAUGGGAGGGUAAGUCACCUUAUUGCUGAAAGCAAAAGUUUCUGUUCUCUGGACACAUCUUACCUGGAUUAAUCCAUUAUACCUUAUUAUUUCUGGUAGUGCCAUUUUCUGAAAUGUGUAUGUCACAGUUCCUUAUCUCUUUCUAAUUAUCGUAAGUCAGAAAGACCCUAUGGUUGUGCUGCUUUGCUUGUGCUGUGAUAAAUGAUCAUCUUUCUUAAGGCCAAUAGUUGUACAUUGUACAAACAGUAUUACAACAAAGGGUCUCGCAACACCUUAAAAACUUAAAAAACUAACAUUUUUUUGUAGUAUAAGCUUUUUAUGUGAUAGUGUCAUGUGUGUGAGGGAGAGAUUUCAUUUAUCUUGUGCUUUUAUAUAGAAUUGUCACAGACUGAUCACUGCAUUUCAUUGCCGUUUGGCCUCAUGUCAUCUAGGGACAGAGGAACUAGCCCAAGAUUGUCCACUCUGACUGGCAGCAAUUAUCCAGUGUUUCAGGCAGACGGCUUCCACAUUUGUUUAUUUAUUUUCAACAUUUGCACACGGCCCUGUUGCAAAGGAAGCUUUCAAAUAAAAACCAGAUCACAUUCUAGAACUGUUAUUUAAUUAAUUUUUAACCUGCCCUUCAUCUAACAAGUGAUACCAGAGUAGGAUACAUCAUAUAUAAAAUCAACCAACAAUACAACAAUCCCACUGAAAGCAUAAAAACCAAUAUAACAUUGACAUCUUUUUAUCUGGAGAUGCCAAGAAUUGAACCUGGGGCUUUCUACAUUCAAAGCAUGUGCUCUACAACUGAGUUAUAAUAAAUCUGUUCAUUUCUAAGGUGUCACAGGACUCUCUGUUGCUUUUGCUGCAGUGUAUUAUCAUAGCUGUCCCUUUGGAAAAAGUACAACCCUCUGGAAACAGCACUACUUUAUUAUCCAGUCUUGAACAGGAUGCAAAAUGGUAGAAAGCGAUUCGGUUCAUAUGUUUAGUAGUCUCAGCCUUAAAAUAUCUCCCACCUUUGUCCUUUAAUUAAUAAGCCUGAGCAAAGCUGGAGUGUUAAACAAAUUCCAAUGGAGUUUCACCCAUGUUUUGUCUGCAUAGCAGAACAAGAAUCAGACCGUGUUUGUUGUUAGAAAGUGCUGCUUGAUGCCAUCCAUGUAAACCUUACAUUCCUCACUCUUGUUCAUAAGGACAUCAAAGACCAAGCAAACAAAAUGGGUCUGGAAGUAAUAAAUCAUAAUGAAAAUAAAUAUCAUUAAUAGAAGAAUUUUGUUAUGACAGACUAUUGGUGCACAUUCUGAAGCAUGGAAUGCACUCCAUAAAAGUUCCCCAUUAUCUUAUUUAACUCUCUUACAUCUGACAUGGGUAAAUGCAUUUCAUAGUUUAUGCAUGGCUCACAUUUUACCUGAAAGAAGGAUUUGCUGGUUGUUACUUCUAUUUAAAUGAAAUUGCUCUUCUUAAAAAUAUUAGGUUUAGAAAAUAAAAUAUGUUUCCUGGGCUCUAGGAGAAUCCUUGGUAGAUCAUUUUAUUACACAAUAAAAGUACAGCCAUGAAAAAUCAUUUUAUUGUGCUUUAAAAGCUCUGUUGUGAGAGUUCCUCGUGAGCUGAGAGUUCCUGAGCACUUGUAAAGCAAAGCUCCAGAAUAAAUGGAAGUUUAGCUGUGAAGUUCAACUAAAAUUCAAGACCAAUUAACACAACAAUCCUUUUUACACUAUGAGUUGACAUACUUUGAGAUUACAUGAGUUGACAUACUUAGCAGCUUUUGCAUAGUGAUUGUGUAUGCAUAGUGUAUGACAGAUAUCUGUGAUAUUGCUGAUGCUUCAUGUAACAUUUAAGAUUUACUGAAAUCUUAAGUGAGUUGAAGUUAGUAUAACUGUUCAUUAGAGAAGGUCACAUUGUUGUACCUUUAAUGUAUACAAAAUGAUGGUAUGAGUGACUUAUAUUCUGAUAGAAAAAUCAGAAUAUUGCUGAUAAAAUAAUAUUUGUGUUAUAUUGUAAACAAUGUGUCUAGCAUUAUAUGUGAAUCGUUCUGGGAUUUUUACCCAUUUUAGCAAGGCAGGGAAGGAGAGGACACAUCAUUGAACCUUGAGGUUAUGUGCAAGAUUCUCAUAGCUAACCUUGGCAUUAAAAUGCACUUUUAAUGCCUAAAAUAAUUAGGCAGAAAUAAUUUUGAAAUCAGUCCCUGGGUUUGAAAGUGGAUGGAAGGAAUGAAUUGUUAUAUUAUUUUAAGGAAUGAUAUUUGAGAGGGAAACAUGUGGAAUUCUCAACCUUGUUAGUUUGCUAGCAAUGCUAACAUCUAGUGGACUCAUUUGCUCUCCAUCCGUUUACAGAUGUUAAAGUUCCAUCAACCUUCCCUACACCCAUAAUUCCCUUUGAAUUCGAAACGUCUCACAGCAAGUUACCUACUUUCUUUAUCUUCCUUUCCUUCACAAGGAGUUAAACCAGGCAUCCCCAAACUUGGCCCUCCAGAUGUUUUGGGACUACAAUUCCCAUCACCCCUGACCACUGGUCCUGUUAGCUAGGGGUGAUGGGAGUUGUAGUCGCAAAAACAUUUGGAGGGCCGAGUUUGGGGAUGCCUGAGUUAAGCUUUUCACUCUGCUUCAUUACGAGAGCUAAGAGACAGAAGUGUCUUGCAGAUAUCUUGUCUCUGCCAGUUAGCUAAAUGCAGUUAGUACAAAGCAGCAUAACCAGUACAGCGAAGCACCUGCCACCAGGAUUCAGAUUCCCCUGCCGCUUAGAAUGAGUUUAUGCAAUUGACAUUAAUGCUCAGACAUUUUAUUUAUAGCAUGUUCCAAUUGCCUUUGGCAGACUUAAUCUUGGCAAUUGUCUUGAAGCCUCUUAAUCUUGUUUCUUACGCAUCUCCAUUCUGUGUUAUGUGGUGUCAAAGCUCAGGUGCUUGUUGACAUAUAAUUCUUCAUCAAUUCUACACUCACUUUGGGGUUGCACUCCUGUACCCCCACCUACCUGGGAGUAAGUCCUGUUGAACUCAGUAGGACUUACCUCUGAGUAGACAUGCAUACAAUUGUGGUAUUCCUCACUUUUCCUUGUGAAUUUUAAUCAAAGGCAUUGGAUGGGGAAACUACAAAAAUUAGAGAGAGUGGAGCUUCAGGAGUUGUGUUCUGAGAACAUUUGGUUGUUUUCUUCUAAAAAUAAGCUGAAAUAACUACUGAGAUAUAAAUCUAAAACCUGUUCUACACAUACUCAUUUGUAAUGAUUGACCUGCUGUUUUUCCAAUACCCCAAAGGAUUUUUUAAAAAUAAAAGAAAUCAAGAUAAUGGAGUCGGACAUCAACUAGAAAACAUUGGCUACUAAAAACAGAUUAAAUAGGAUUACUUUCCUAGUACAGAGAAGUCAACAUUGUGAAAUCAAAAUAUACAGAUGCCAUUGAAAAUUAAGAGAAUGGGUAUUUUAUUACAUUGUUUAGCGGAAAAGGUACAUCAUCUUAAUUGAUGGUUAUGUAAUGUAUUUUAUUUUGGAUGUCAUUGUUCCCAUUAUGAUUUCUUAAACCAAGAGCAAAAGUAAACAAAAGGGUUGAAAUGCAAAUAUUCUAUUAUGGGAAUUAAUCUUUGCAAUCUCUCUUAAUACUUUUCAAAUGAUUAAGCAGAGUAGUUUGACCUCAGGAGGUCACUUUUACCAGCUAAACAUGCACUUCUCUGCAUUUCUUAUAUAUAUUGAAAGAAACAAACCUGGAAAUCACAGUCAUGUGAGCAAUUUUCUGUUUCAAGAAUUUGAUUAUUGGUUAGAUCAGCAUAUGCAUAGCUCAGCUUUUUUGUGCCCAUUUUUGAGAGAUGUGGAUUCAUUGGACAGCGUUGCCUGAGGGUCUGAAUCAACUAGCUUUGCAGGAGGCGGGAUAGUGAUGCCCCCUUCUAAUUCCAACAUGGCUCCUCCUUUCCUAUAAUUGUCUUGUGCUGUGGCCAUUAUACUUGAUGUGCUCAUUUUCUUUUCUCACCCAUGCCCUUUUGUACCAUGCCUAAUGAGUUGUAACCCUGAAUUGUAAACUGUGAACAUUUCUGUAAAAAAGAAUAUAGAUAAGUAAAAACAUACGGAACCUAGAAAUGAAUGUUGCCUGGUGCAGUGUGAAGUAUUCCUGUUCAAGGAUGCCAACCAGCCAGCCAUGAAAGACAUUCCAGAAUACUCCACUCUGCACCCUCUUCUAUACUCACCUGUUUUCCCUCCCUACCCCAACAAUCAGCCAGCAUUUCAUGACUAUUACUGAGCAUGCCCAGUCUUCCUCAGACCUGCCCUCCCACCUCCUCUUCCCUCCUAAAGAUAUUUAUUUUUUUUGCACUUCUGCAAAUCUUGGAGUCAACAACAUCCAAAUCUUGGAGUCUACAUCCCUCUUGUGCUAGGAUGGUACAACUUAGGGAAGUGGCUGGCUGGAUCUCCCUUGACAAUAAAUUCCAGAAUUCCAGUGCUAUUAAGAAGAACUAAGCAUACUUCUCUUCUUUCUGCAUUUUAUUAAGUGGAGGUAUACAUAGUUGAAGGGACGCGGGUGGCGCUGUGGGUUAAACCACAGAGCCUAGGACUUGCUGAUUCGGUGGUUCAAAUCCCCACGACGGGGUGAGCUCCCAUUGUUCGGUCCCAGCUCCUACAACCUAGCAGUUCAAAAGCACAUCAAAGUGCAAGUAGAUAAAUAGAUACCGCUCCGGCGGGAAGGUAAACGGUGUUUCCGUGUGCUGCUCUGGUUCGCCAGAAACAGCUUAGUCAUGCUGGCCACAUGACCCGGAAGCGGUAUGCCGGCUCCCUUGGCCAAUAAAGCGAGAUGAGCGCCGCAACCCCAGAGUCGGUCACAACUGGACCUAAUGCUCAGGGGCCCCUUUACCUUUACUAUACAUAAUAGAGCCUUUCCAUUGGCUGCAGUGUCCAUGUAGAUUCAUGCAGGGAGUGAUGUUAUUUCAGAUAUCCAGGUACCAAACCACAGAGGGCUUAAAAUGCAAGAUCCAACACCUUGAAUUGGGUCAGGAAACAUUUUGGGAUCUUGAUAUAAUACUAAUAUAAGGUAACGUGACUCCUGUCAGUUGACACAUUUUGUGCUAGUAGUGGUUUCCAAAUAUUUUUUUAAGGGUAGCUCUAGGCAGAAUGAAUUAUAGAAGGCACCAAGCCAUUUGUAACCGCAUCAACAUCAGCCUUAUAAUGUGCUGAGGGUCUUCUCUUACUUCCCAGUGAUGGGGAUGGCUCAUAGGGUUUUCUACCACUCUUUCAGAAGCCCUAUGCAUUGUUUAGACAAAAGUAAGUCCCCCCCUUUUUACCUUCAUAGAACCCACUUUUUAUUAUUGCUUUCAGCUUUUCAGUUGGUGGGACAGUACAUUUAUACAGGUCAGAUUCAAACAUGGAUUCUAAUUAACUCUAGAUAUUUUAAUUUGUGUUAGUGGAUGAAGAAAUUAACAACACUAAGAAUGUUUACACCAGCAAGCAAACACAACUGACUGGAAUGAUUCCCUUCACACUAGUUCUAUAUGUCUAUGUAAAUAAGCCUUCAGUGUGAACAGAUGUGGUAUGGUCUUCUUGAAAUUGAAGACAGCCUGAGAAAAUAUCUUUAGGAGUAUUGCAUGUGCAGUGUCUUGAACUAGAUGCUGUGUGUUGUUGGACUCUGCAACUUUUUGGCAGUGAGAAGAAUGGGAACGGAGGGAAUGUUUAUCACUUACCCACCCUCAACUCCUAGUAAACCACAGCAACCCUCAAAGUAUUACUGAUGAUCGUCGUAGAGGAAGGUGGUGACAGACUCUGGACAUUGUGAGGCACUUGCACACCAGAGAGAUAGGUGGUCCUGCCCUGUGGUGGGCUGUCACCAAAGGGAAUUGCCCUUUGGCUCACCAUGAGGGCAAGAGCGUCAUUGCCUUUUCAGUCUGUGUUUGAAUGUGUGAGGGUGUUUGGAACUGAGGGUGGCAUGUUUGAUGGGUGCUCCUGGGUGAAAGUAGGAAGCAUCUUGCUGAGCUGCAGUGGUGCCCUAAGUAAGAGCUAGGAUACCAGGGUGCACAAGAUGAUAUAAGAGGCCAACUAGUGACUGCAUACCCAGUACUGAGUGUUUGAGAAUGACAAUGGCAUGUUUCAGAGGUGCUGCUGGGUACCUAGUGGUUGAUACUGGGGCUUUACUGAGAGCUAGGGUACUAGGGGUGUAAUAGGAUUUUGUGAGUGAUGGGACUGGACCAUUGCUGCCAUCUAACAACUUCUGGCACCAACCUAAUCUAAAUGAUAACCCUCAGCACCCACCCAGUAUCGAUGACACAACUCCACAAUCCCAUCACUCACAAUAUAUAGGUACAGUGGUACCUUGGGUUAAGAACUUAAUUCGUUCUGGAGGUCCGUUAUUAAGCUGAAACUUCUCUUAACCUGAGGUACCACUUUAGCUAAUGGGGCCUCCCGCUGCCGCGCACUUUCUGUUCUCAUCCUGAAGCAAAGUACUUAACCCGAGGUACUAUUUCUGGGUUAGCAGAGUCUGUAAUCUGAAGCAUCUGUAACCUGAAGCGCCUGUAACCUGAGGUACCACUGUAUCUAUCAGAUGAAUAUAAACUGGUAAUUGGUUAAAGUGGAUGCGUAAUAUAUAUGAUAGUGGAUGUAUGUAUGAAUGGUGGGUGCAUAGUGGUGCUGAGAGUGCCUGGGUGAGUGGAAUAUCGGUCCAGUGUUUGCCUGGGCGAUUACAGCAGAGGAAAGAUCACUAGAUGUGCCUCCAUAUCAGUGGUAACUGGCAGGAGGAAUUAUAGCAUUGGAGGCGGAUGAGACAUCGAUGGAGUAGGGACACUGCAUCCAUGCUGUACCCCCUUCUAUCUCUCCAUCUAUCUGAUAUUUGUUAGCUCCAUUGAAAUGUUUCCCAGUCUGGCGGCACUGUUAUUUAACAUGAAGUCUGUAUGCAAUAAGACCAUAUCUGGUGGGCAAGCUGGCUGGAGUGGAUUUGACCCAGCUUUGCCUGCCUAGGAAUUUGGUGCAGCUUUUCCCAUCUGGGUAUUGUUGCAGCGAUAUGUUUAAAAGUGCAGUGAGAGGCGUAACUUGCCAUGUUUAUCUCCAAGGGCUCUAAGCAUAGGAUGAUCAUGGCAGCUUCAGUAGCAAUGGUGUUCUUAAUCACUCUACUAUAAACAACUGGCAGGCUAUAGUCCAAACAGUUCCUGCACCUCUACAUUCCAUUAAAUGCCUUUGGACCAAAACAUACAUUUAGUUCUUUUGAAAAUAAUAUUUUAAUCUUUUAAAAUCUUCUCUGUCACAGUUGCAGCUUCCCUGAAAACACUCUCUCCAAUUGGCCUAUAUAUCUAUAUCUAUAUAUCUGUGGGUGUGAAGGAGGUAGUUGGGGGGCAUUUUUCACUACUGGGAUGCUUCUUCCUUGUUAACAGGAUGCAGAGACAACUUAUAAGUUACUUCCUGGGAAGGAGGGGCUUCCAACUUACAGAGUAAUCCUGACCUUGGCAGGAUGUGCCAAGGCUUCUAAUUUCAUGGUGGGCCCAGUCCUUCAUUACAGCCCUAGCAAAAAGUCUCUGCCUGUUUGUUCCACAAUUCCAAAAAUCUCUGAACUGCCUUCACAGGCUAGUCAACAAUGGCAAGAGCCCAUUUCACCUCUCAUAGUCCAUAGACUAUGAAAAUUUGAAUCGUGUUUGUAUCCUAGGUUAACUCACUUCUCAGCCUGACCGUAAGUGUGUAAACAAAGAAUUGGCCCGAAGUCUGAAGGGUCUUGAGAAAAGGAACCUAGGCAUUAUGACAGAAAUUUGUGCAGCUUCAUGGACACCAGGAACUAAAUUGUUGUGUCAGGGGCAUGAAGAGUGUGGAUCAGAUCUGUAGCCCUAGAGUUCCUAGAACAGCUAUAAGUGUGGGAUAGGUCCUAGGAAAGAUGUAUUCCUGCUUGACAGUAAACUAGGUAGCAGCUGAGUCCCUUCCAUAUCAAAGGUUUUGGUUGUUGCUCCAAACUAAGGUAAAGCUCAGUUAAGUUCUGGGCAAAUGAGCCACCAACUUAUAGACUCCAUUUAGUAGUGGAAUGAAGAGGACUGGUUUCAGUUGGGCAUUCCACUGCUAGAGCUUCCAAGUGCUUACCUAGCUAGGAAGCCCACAACCUAGAGCCUAAUAGCUUAGAAUUAGUGGUCCUCAUUGAAGCAAAGCAGAAUUAUCAGCUGGCAUUCCUGCAUUUGAAAAACAGACUUCUACAAAAGUAUGUUAGGGUGUUCACAAGUAACGCCAAAGUAAAGGUUUGCAUCUAUUGAUGAGGAGUGGUAAUGUUGUAAGCUGCUCACAAGGAAACGAUAAGCAUCAUUAAGUAGAUUCUAGGCAGAAUGACUCCUCUAGUAUCUAAGAGUACAACAUAUGACUAAAGUAGAAAAUACCACGGCUGACUAUCUUGACUGCCAAAACAUAGAUGAAGAUGUAGGACUGACCCAUAUUCAUCCAAAAUAGAUACUAUGCCAUCACAAGAAUUGUGGAGGCUACCAGUGCAUACAGAACACUUUUCUUUUAAUCAGAAUGGGUUCUGUGGGGCAGAACGUUUCCAAGGCCAUUAUUACAGUGUGACUUUGCAAGUAAUAUGGAAGCUUAUCAGACAGAGCACAUCCAUCCUUUUUGGAGUGGUGGUCAUUCCUUUUGGUAAAGAGCACCAAUGAGGGAGACAAGUAGAGUGGCCACCUAGACCUUUGCACACCCACCCUCCAAAUCCUGUUAAGUUGCCUUCUUUGCCUUGGUGGAGGAUCCUAAAUGAAAUGCUACAGCAUAAGUAGGCCAGGAGUACCCCAUCCAGCUUGGCGGGGUUGGGGGUGGAGUAACUGCUCUUGAAAAGCAAUUGUUGGAGAAUGUCCUGUCACCUCAUGCGAGACUAACAUUUUCUUUACUUUUAAUGUUCAUUUCAGGUUGUUGUAUGGGGAAGAACAUUAUUCCUGUCCUUGCUCUUCUUUCUUACUGUCAUCUGCAUUUCAGUCAGUUUGAGAGCUGGGAAUGACUUCUCUCUCUCUCUGCCUCUUUCAGUUACUCUGUUAAUAGUGGAUUUUGUUUCCUUCUGUAACACUUUUAUUUAGUAAAGUCAUAGAGAGAUGCAAGGAGAGAACAUCCUCUCUUGCCCCCCACUCUUCAGGAAGUAAUUUCUAAUUUGACAGUCUUGUGUUUUUGAUGGAAGGGCAUCCCAGUGGUGAAGAAUGCUCUCAUUCUACAUCUUGGAAUGAAAAUUCAUUGCGUGGAGAACAUUACUUUCCGUAGUUUCAGAGCCUUUCCAGUUUUAUGCUCAGAAUCAAUUCAUCUUGGUGCAGCCAUGAAAAUUGGAUUUCUUUCCUUUCUGCGUACUUUUAAAGGAUAUGUAUUGAUACCUCCAUUGGAGUCCUUGAAACAAAAUGAGCAUGAGUCAGAAAUUUACUGGAUGUUAUUUUCUCAGGAAGGGGGAUUGCUAUAUAGCCUGCAGAUUUAAUAUCCUUUCUGUGUAUCUAUGAUCGGCCUUUGUGCACAAUAUCUCUGCUCUUUCGCUUGUGGGUGGUCUGGCUGAGGAGAGAGCUGUAUGCAAGACCAUUUUAUAAUAAUCCAGCCUCAUUGUUGCAUUUCUCAAAAGACCUGCUGCUGAAUACUCAGCAGUGUACCAAGAUUAUCCUGAAAGUCUUAGUGUUUAGGAAUUGAACAUGCAGAUAACCAAGCAAUCUCAUCUUGCAGAUGAAUAAAUCUCCUUUUUUCUGGUAGGGUUUCUCUCAGGUCUGGUUCAGGCAUUUGAGCCCAUAAUAGUGUCCUUCACCUGUUGUGAACUGGCUUUGGCAGCAAGGGCACAUGUUGCUGCCAUCUCACAAAUGACACUCUGUGCAAGGUUGACAAGUAUAUGUGCAAUUCACCCAAUGUAUGUCUUCUUCCUACACCUGUUGGAAGGGGGAGAGGAACAUGCAAAUCCAGCUGUAUGCUCAUGAUAGCUUAGCUCACAUACAUGAUACUUUCACUGCCACUAUUUUUUGGGUGGUAUUCAGUCACAUACAGACAAAUGUAGAUUGCACUAUUAUAGUUGAUUAGGAGGUCUUGUGCAACAAACCUGAAGGUAAAGAAAGGGACAGAGAAAUGUGUUGGAAAUUGUGGGACAGCACUUGUUUUGAUGCAACAUUGUCUAAACUCCCUGCAAAGAAAGCAGGAUAAAUGCUCAAUAAAUGGGUCAUCUGGGAGCGGCCACAAUGUUGUUCACAUGGUGUUGGGCACAUGCUCUCUAGUAAAAAGGAUAUUAACAUGGGCUGAAUGCUUGAAUUGGGUCUAGUGAAACAUUCCAACAUUCUCUCCAUAACACAGGAAAUAGCACAAGAAUUCUGCAGUCCUCAUUUAUGGGAGCCAAGAACAUAUUGGAUGGUAUUGUUCCUUUAGGCAGAGGGUAGUGAGAAAUAUAGGGCAAGAGUGUAUUAUAUAGUAUCGGAGAGUGACCCUCCCCCUCCUUUGGCCCUCCAAUCAAUACUUGCACAGGGAUUGUAGGAAAAGCCUCAUGUAUUCUGUGCUGCUGCCUACUACAAAUUGACUCAUCUGCACUCCUAAAACUGUGUGUGGGUACAUGAUAAUGGUAAAAUACUUUGUUUAUUGCAAAGCUCAUUCAUUACAUGAUUUGAACUUGACAGGGUAUAUCAAGACCCUGGAGUAACCAGGUCUGAUAUUUUAAAAAUAAUAUAAUAUGAAUAAUGCAAGAUUCUAUCUGACAUUGGCAAAAGAUGAAUAAACAGAUUCACAAGCUGUCAGAUCUGCAACAGUGAUAUCUCAGAAAGUUAAUUGGACUGUGGCAAAAAUCUUCAUCCCAUUGAAGUGAUAAAACAUCUUAAUGGCUGUGGCUUGUGCAGACUUGUGUGUUUAGCUGUCCCUGAUGCAUUAUCUUGUCCAUUAUGAGUACUGAAUUAUAGUCACUUGAAGUGAGGCUUAUGUAAAACAUUAAAUCAUUAUCCUCUUCUCAGUCAAGGAACUAGAGAAGAGCAAUUCACUCUGUUUAGAAACUAACCAGAAUAAUGACUUUCAUAUGUCUGGAAUAUGCACCCCUAAUCUAUGGCAUCUAAUUUUUUAUCAAAAUGAUUCUAAAACAGGUUUUACAUUGUUUACUAAAAUCAUCUGUCUCCAAGGGCUAUUUGGUAUGGACUGAAUGGCUGAAAGGCUCAUCUCCACAACUUUUGGAAAUACUAUCAGUGUGAUGUUAUCCACCUCUCUGUCCUAAGGAAAAUCCAGUUUGUUGAUAAGAGAGCAGGUUAUCAUGGCACAAAGGCAGGGAAUGAGGAAUGCUAGUUGACAAAAUGGUAGCCAGCCAAACUGAUAGGCUGAAAUGCAGAGAUAGCUUUAAAAAAGACGGAAAUAAGUUGAACAACCCAUCCUAUAGACUCAUCUACUUUCCUUCUAGUUAGUGAAGAGCUAAAGUUGCACAUGCAGCCCUUUUCAUGAGUGGCUUUUUGAAAUGCUGCAGUGUAGAGGCUGUUCAUAGGAAGCAGUGAUGUGUUUAUGUAAACUUAAAGCAACUGCCCAUACAAUUUCUGCAGUUGUCAUCAUACCUUCAUAGAACACCUUUUAUAGGUAGUGAUGGUGUGGUGGAGGGAGCUGUGAUGCUAUGGUGAACAUUGUCAUAACUGCACAGGGAAUUUCUUCAAUAAUAAUAAUAUAAUAUAAAAUUGCUGUCAGGGGACUGCCAUUGGAACAGGGGAGGGAGGCAGGGGGGCUGUUGGAAUACAGAGAGCCUCCAAAACUCCUGAGGAGCAGUUCCUCUUCCAGCGGUGGGAAAAGCCACACCUCCAGUGGAGAAGAGAGGAGAGGGGCCAGCCAAGCGAGGAAAGGGCUUGAGGAUGCUGCUGGGAGCCCCAGCGCCUCACCUAGCCAGGCUGGCCAGGAGGGACACAUGCCCCUUCAGUCGCCCAGCUUGCGCAGAGGGGUGAAACGCAAGGAGGAGGCUUGGGGUGCUGAAGUUCUUACGUUGGGGGAGAAACCGGAAGGGGCCAGCCCCGGAUUCUGCAAGUGACUGAGACGGAUAUCAACUUUGUGGAUCUGCACUGUAAAUAGUUUGCACAAUAAAACCUGUAAAAGCCAGGUCAGAGUCCUGCCUGGUUACUCAUGAGCAACCAUCACCAGCAUCUGACAAUUGCCCUUAGACCUGCGGGUAUAGGGCAGUAUAGAAAUUUUAAUAAUAAUAAAGAAUGUGCUUCAAGCACCUGUCUUCCUUACAGGUGACUGGAUAUAUGAAUUGGACUUUGCUCUGUAAAGCAGAAAAUGACCUGGAAAUCAGUGUGAAUGUGUGAAUGUUUUCCUGCCAUAUACAGAAAACUAGAAUGCAGCUGACAUGCUGAUGGGUGUGCAUAUCCAGCAAACUGCAUGUGGCAUGACAUAACGAUUAUCAUUAGAGCUGACAUGAAGUAUUGUCAUGCUUGGGUGUCUAACAUGAUGGAUUCUUGAACUGGCAGAGUCACAACCAUAGAGAUGUGGGUUAUUUUGUUCAUCUUCUGCUUAGUUCCAGUAUGCAGGAAUGCAUAAUAUUGUGUAGAUGGAAAAUAGCAACCUUUGCAUUUUGCUCUUUGGCAUUGAUAUGCCAAGGUUUUUAUUUUUACCUUUCAUGAAUUCUUCAUAUCCUCAGAUUUCCAUUUGAUCAUCUAUUUUGGUGUACUUCCAGAUUGCAGGACACACAGCAGUUGUGCUACUCUGUCACUAUCUCAAUGGGUUUUGUAACUUCAGCUGGUUUCUCCUCCUUCUGGACUUACUAGGUUGGCAUAUGCAACCAUAGCAUCAUCAUUUCCCCCUUUCAGGCCUGGCAGCUGUAUCUUCACUUCCCAACCUUAAAGCAUCAUUACAGCCAAACAGUGCAUUGUCUUGCUCAGUGCAGUUUCUUGACAGAAUGAGUAGAUAUGGCUCAAGAAGCCAUGACAGAGGCCUGAGGAUUUUGCUGCAGCACAUAAUUUCCUGGCGUUAACUCAGAAGUGCUGGCAUUCUUACUUCCUACCAUCUAAAAAGUCAAAGAGCAUAUAUUGUCCUCAGAAAUCCUGACUUCCUAAUACCCAGGUGUCAGGGAACUGCCAUCGGACGGAAGGGAGGUGAAAGGGCUCACACAGGUUGGGAGAGACUCAGCAGCUGAAGAGGGAACCAGCAGGGAGGUGAAAGGGCUCACACAGGUUGGGAGAGACUCAGCAGCUGAAGGGAGACCAGCAGGGGAGAGGGCUGGGCUGUAGGAAGAAAGUGACCGGGAUGGCUCCAGAACACUUCCAGCGAAAACAGUCGAGCUAGGGACACUCCUGUAAAUUCUCCUCCUUAGGAAGCUGUCACGCAGAGGGUCAGAAGACGUGUUUCCGUUAAGGAGCUUAUGUUGGAAGGCGGUCUGAAAGCAACCACUGUCCAGGUCUGCUGGUGACUAGAGGAGCCAUGUCUGAGGAGCUCCGUCUGGGUGAGGACUGUGGACUUGGACAAACUCUGAGGGAUACGAUUUUACGCACAAACAGCUCAUAAUCCCAACACAGCAUUCCGGCCCAGUCUUUGGCUUAGCUUGUGCAGGAAGGCAUCGCCAAGGCAGCCCAGCGGACCGGGCUUGGGAGGCAGCGGGUCCAAGCCUGGAAGAGAGAACAUUACCGGGUGGAGGUCCAGCUAGCGAUGCAGGCAGAGGCUUGAGGAGGGCUCAGGAUGCAGACCAAAAGGAAAGCCACCCAGCUCGCCAGAGAAGGUACCAAGUUGGUGCAGAGUUGAGGGCCAAGGCCUAUCAUGGCUUUCGGACAGAGAUGCAAUAUACCCUCAAUCUGGUUUGAUGGAAUUCCCUGACGAGAGUCCGCAGUGGCUUUCGUGAUUGAGCAUCUUGGGUAGAGACUGGGUUGAACCCCUGAUGGCAGCAGAUAGUGAUCUAAAGGACACGAUGAAGUUCUUUCGCGCCAUGGAUCCAGAAGCAAGGUCCAGGCGGUGCUGGAAUGGAAAGCACCCAAAACAAGGGAAGGAUGUGCAGAGUUCUAGGUUUGGGAACUCUACUCGUGGUUCAUCAGGCUGCCCACCUGACGGCGCCCCGUACGGACUGUCUCAGCAGUAAGAAGAGUUGCAGUUUGGACUGAGGGCGGAGCGGCGAGGAACUAAAAGGGCCUUAGCCUCGGAACAACAGCUCCUGCAUGUGGAUUUACAAAAACCGAUGGAGUGGAAACUGACCUUGCAUCCAGACAGAGCGGUGGGGCCUGGUGCUUCUGCAGCCAGGAAGAGUCAGAGUGGAAACCCCGUGUGCCUUUUUUAUGAAGCUGAACAAGUCCGAGAGGAACUACACGGUGUGUGACCGAGAACACUAGCCAUUCAUGGGCGUUCCGGAGAUGGAGGCACCUGCUAGUGGCGCACAACAUAAGGUGCAAGUGUUGCACUGACCACAAGAACCUGAGUGGAGGACGGCACGGAAGUGCUCAGCCAACGGCAAGUGGAUGCGACCAGGAGUUCUCCAAGUUCUUUGAGAUUUGUUACGUUGCCAGGCCCAGGGGAGCAUUAGGAGUGGAUGCUCUCUCCAUAACCUGAAUGUGGAGAGGAGCACCGAAGGAACAUGUCAUUCCAGAGGACACGCUGGGUGUGUGGAGGCUGUGGUGGGACAAAGAAAGACUGGUAGAAACAGAGAAUGAUGAAUCGCAGAAUAGCUCAGGGUGCAGGGGUGAGGGAGAGGGAGCCAGGGGUUUAGAAGAAAUGGGCUUUGUGUCUGAAGGCACUGUAUAUCCCUGAAGGAGACUUAAGGGGAGGGUACUCAAGCAGUUGCCACGACAGCCCUACGGCGGGCAUUCUGGACAACACAAAACCACAUAGUUUGGUCUGGGGAGUACACAGGUGGCUAGGUGAGGAAGAUGUGCGUGCGAGUAUGUAAGAGGAGUGCGAGCAAUGCCAGCGAGCCAAAGGCGGGCGCGGCGGGCCCUGUUAGAACCACUGAGCCCCAGAGCGACCUUGGGAGGGCAGUGCGAUGGGUACAUGACUAGUCUGCGGUCCAGAGAGCUUAGCCAUCAUGGUGGUGGUAGACCACACUAACAAGAUGUGCCACUUUGUGGCUGGCACACAGCGUGCAGUCUGGCGGAAGAGACAGCGAAGUUAUUUUGUAGGUUUUGAGGUGCCAUUGAGGUGGUCUCCAGACGAGGAAGCAAUUUACUUCCAGGUUCUGGAGAGCUCAUGACCACAGGUGGAGAUCAGUGCAGGCUGCCCGGCGCCUAGAGCCAGCAGACUGAGGCGGAAGGGCAGCGGUCAUCCAGCAAUGCCUGGUGUUAUGUCAAUGACAGAGAAAGUGACUGGGUAGAAAAAGUUGGCGCAGUGGAGUGCCGCCUACAACAAUGAGGGAAUGUGUCCCACGGGGAUGAGCCCCUUCUUGGCUAAUUAUGGGUGUCUCAGGGCUUUCCCAGGGGAGAUGGGGAGAGAUGGAGCGUCCCGGCAGCCGAGCAUUUUGUGGAAGAAAUGGAAGCAAUCCAUCGUCAGCUCCAACUCAACUUAGAAAGGGCGAAGGAAGAAUACAAGAGGCAGGCAGACAAGAACCGAAGGGAAGGUGAAACCAUAAGGGUGGGAGAUAGGGUGUGGCUGUCAACCCAAGGGUUGCCGUUCAAAGGAGGUUGUAAGAAAUUAAGACCCAGGAGGUUGGGUCCCUUUGAGGUCAUUCAACAGGUCAACCCAGUGGCUUUCAGGCUCCGGUUACCCAACCACAUGAAACUGCACCCAGUAUUUCACAGGUCGUUACUGUCACCGUACGAAGGGGACGAGAGGGAUGGCCACUGGGGGACCGGUCAUAGAAGAAAGAGAAUGCAGCAGUCAUGUGGCAGAAAUCCUCGACGCCAGGUGGAAGGGGAAUCAGGUGGAGUAUUUGGUAGCGUGGGAAGGAGAACCGAGUCAGAAAACACUUGGGUAAUGGCCGAAGAUAUCAAUGACGAGGUAUUGAUAGAAACGUUCCAUCAAAGGUUCCCAAGGAAACCUCAGCCUGUGGAGAGGUUCCGGAGGGAAUACUUUGGGACCACUGAUGAGGGGAGGAGUUGGAAGGAUUCCCGGACUCGGAAGGGGAAGGGAGAUGGACUCUGAGGAGGAGGAGUACUUCGAGACCAGGAACCGCAACAGGUGGAGAGAAGUGUUCGAGACAUCGGAAGAUGAAGGAAGUUCAUUCCGGGGUUUGCCUCCUCACCGCCCGUAGAGGAGGGGCGAGAGGGGGUGAAGGGGGCCCUGGAGGGGAGGUGGAUGUCAGGGAACUGCCAUCGGACGGAAGGGAGGUGAAAGGGCUCACACAGGUUGGGAGAGACUCAGCAGCUGAAGAGGGAACCAGCAGGGAGGUGAAAGGGCUCACACAGGUUGGGAGAGACUCAGCAGCUGAAGAGGGAACCAGCAGGGGAGAGGAGCUGAGCUGAGGGAAAGUGAGCUGGAGGGAUGGCUCAGAGACACUUCCAGCGAAAACAGUGGGGAGGUUUCAGGACCUCCUGUAAGAACACCCACUCCUCGCCGGAAACUGUCACGCAGAGAGUCCAGAAGACGUGUUUCCGUUAAGGAGCUUUUAUGUUGGAAGCGAUUACGAAAGCAACCACUGUCGGAAUCUGCUAGUGACUAGAGGAGCCAUGUCUGAGGGGCUCCGUCACAGACAGAGGUUUGUGGACUUGAACAAACUCUGAGGGGAUACGAUUUUACGCACAAGCAGCUCAUCAUCCCAUCACACCAGGUAUACAUGCUUAUUCUUCCUAGUGGUAGAAAAAGCAUGUUAUCACGAUUACUCAAGACAGUAGCAUGUUCUUACCCCAUUGCUGUUCUUGUCUGAAAAUAGUCCAGAAUCCUACCAAUGUGUGCAACUACAAAGUAGUCAUGCAGCAUCAUGGGUUCCUUGCUGUAGACUCCUGACCUACAAGAGCUCAGUUACAUGGGUGCAGAUGGCACUGAUAUAAGUGUUACAUUUUAGCUUCCUGGUUUUUAAAUUGUACUUGUUUCAAAUGUUACUUUUUCCCAACAUGGAGACUCAUUAAUCCUGCAGUUGGGAUAAGUAUUCUUCCUAGAGUCCUUGAAGGGAUGAGAUUUUUCAAAAGCUGCUCAAAAUGACUUUGAGGGUUAAGGUUUCUGCUGUGCAGAAUUUGUAAUAUCAAUGUCUGUUGAUGAGAGGCUGUCAAACACUGUCUUCAGCUUUUGAUGCUCAUACCCUUGGUAUACUAAAUAACAGCAGCUAUAAGUUAUUCGCAAAUUCUCCAAAAGGCUUUAAACCCAUUACUGGAUGUUGUUGGUGAAUUAUUUAAUGGGUAAUCUAGUAACAACACUAUAACAAUGCAAGAGCUCAUAAGAUGAAUCCACAGCCUAUGGGGGAUGGGGAAGACUAUGAGAUUGAAUUACUUGGUACUGCUACUAAUAUGGGAGGAAUAGUAAUAUUCUAAAGUUGUGCUUGAGUUCACAACUGCAUGGAGGAGGGGAAAAAAGCUUCACCUUUUGGUUGGUACUGGCCUCAUGUCUUGUUACAAUGAUGGAGACAAAUGUGCCGAUUCAGUUUCAUUAUGCCUGCCUGUCUCCCCCCCCCCCCAAGAGCUUUCACAAGCAGGACCCACAACAAAAUGGUACCAUGUGGCGUGCUCAUGUUCAGGGUUAGAGCCAACCAAUCAGCCAGGAAACUCCCUUCCCUUCCCCCAAUCCCAUUUUCUGUUUCUCAACCAAUAGCUCUCAGCAUUCUGUGGCCACUGAGUUAUCAUUGUGCUUAAAAAAAUAACUCUUCAUUACCUCCCACCCCAUAUUUUUUGCAUACUUCUUCAAAUCUUGGUAUUCUCCCAAGCUUGCUGGCACCCCAUGUGUGUGGAUGAUAUUAUUGUCUCUACAUUGGUAUUCAGAGAAUGAGCUCCUUAAUAGUAGAUAGGACUGACAGUAGACUGAAGUAUUGAAAUCGUGAUCAUUUUAUGUCCUUCUUAUGUCAUUAACCUUUUCUGACAGAUGGCACUCAGAAAGUAAUAAUUUAAAUUGAGUGCAUGUUAAUAAUUUUUCAUAAAGACACCAGUUUGGUAUCAAGAAAGGGAAGAAUGAAAUGAUCCCCUUUCCUUUUACAUUUUUAGAAACUGGAUUUGAAGGGUUAGCCCUAACUAUAGUGCAAUGCUCACAUACCUUAUUCUUGCACAUGAGCAUUAAGAACGUUCUUACUUAUUAUGAAGUGGUUUACAGUGUAAACAAAUUAACAAGUUCCAAGACCCUCUCCUGGCUGCCAGAUGGACUUCACACGGAGGAUGCUUAUGAAUUCUGUAAAUAAUGUCUUUGCAUAAUAUAAAUAUGACAUUUUUAGAAAUCAAGGAAUGGUGGCAUAAUGUUUAUGCUAUUCUUAAGAACAUGAUUCUUCUAGAACAUGAGAAAGAAAACAAAUGGUAUUUCAGCCAUUUUAUUGGCUUAAUGAAAAAUGUUUCCUGAGGGAACUUGUAUCAGUUUACUCCUAGGAAACUGUGCAUGGGAUUGCAGUCAUACUGAAUCAUAAAGUGGAUUUUAUGCAUUGUACCACUGCUCUUUGAGUAGUGUAUAAUAGUGGACCAACAUAACUCACUUCAUUUUACGGACUCUCUUGGAGGUAUGAUGAACUCCUGUGCUCCAGAAUUUACCACUACACCACUGAUUCUGCUCUUAUUUGGCACUUGAGAGAGCAGUAUGUCCAAGUGUAGUAGAACUACCAUGCUGUUUCUAUCCUGUGCUUCUGACUUUCCUGUGGACAUAACUAUUUGUCACACCUAAUACUGCUCUGGUCUCCUCCUUGUUGAGAGGCAAAUGCCCUUCUACUUGGGUGAAUGGGUAGAUAGCUAGCAGUAAUGCUUUAGUUACUUUUGUAUGGUGUUCAGUGGUUAUGUAUCGGGUCAUAUUCUUCAUGCUGACAAUUAACGUGGGAGUGGGAAUCAGCAUUCUAUUUCACAUCAAAAGCAGAUACCAACAGUACUUAUUAAAAAGUAAGGAUUGGUUGCUGAAGAAAGAUUUGGGAUCACAUUUGGGUUGCUGGAGCACAUGGAAGUCAGCACAGAAUAAUUGACACCACUUAAAGGAUUUCUACGUGCAUGAUGUUUAAUAUAAUUUUGUACAUAGUGUUGGAGCCUCUGGAGGAAAAUGGGGAGUGGGGGAGGAUGAAUAGCAUACUUCAAAUACUCUGGCCUUUGAUCUGUUUCCAUCGUACUGGGAUGAGGGAAGCAAACAACAAAUAUCAACAGAAGCUAUAGGCUGUGUCAAUUUGUGCACCAGUGCACUUGAGUCAUCUCAGAUUCCUGUGUCACACUCUCCAUAGCAACCUGCUUUCGGCAUUAAACUAUCCAUCCAUCCAAAUAGCUAUUAGCGUAGAUGCUUACUCUGCUGGUGCCCAGGAAACCUGACGCUCAUGUAAAACUGCUAUGAACGAGAUUUAAAACGUUCUUCAGUUGAAAAGCAAGACAAUCAAAAGGCUGGUUCCUACAUGGAUCACUUCCUUUUGAACAAUUCAAAAGUUGAGAAUGUGCACACUUGAUUUCAUUUGUGCUUUACAACUUUGGAGAUUUCCCAUGGUUUGAUUGCCAGAAAGGCAUUGCAGUGGUGUUGCGGUCCAAAAAAAAUCCCACCUCCAAAUUACUGUUGUUCGGUGACUACGUGAUGUGCUUUUUCUUCUUGCUUGUUUACCUGUAUAUUUCUGGUGGUGGCUAUGUGGUAUUGCUUAUGGAAUAAGCUCACUGAUCUGGAAAAAAUUAAAUCUAAUAAAGGAAUGUAGAUUAAGUUGAGUGGAUUUCAAGUUUGCUUAUGUCCUUUCCACAUGUGACAAGGUGGAGGCAUAAUGCUAGAUGUUGAUAUAACUAACUUUGCAGAAAUUUUUACAAACUUAAAUAUCUGUUCAUUGUCUUUUUUUUAAAUGAAAUACAAAUAUCACAAAAUGAGCAAUUAGGCAAGAGUGGUCCAUCCAGUUAUAUCAGUCAUAGCUCCUGAGGUGGAAUUUGAUAUUUGUUAAGAGGAUAAGAGGAUGGGGCGUAGGAUUUACAAGCAGGUGAGAAGCAAGAUCCCUGGAUCACAUGUGGCCCUUUCUAAUCACUAGACCUACAAAUGAGAUCAAGCAUCUUCAUCUGUUUUGAAUACAUUCCAUCAUUUUCAAUAUAAAAACUGGAAAAGUGCUACAAAAUGUUUUCAUCUUGAGCAUGGGGGUUGGAAGUACAGUUUCUUCAACUAUAUGUCGCCUCGGAUAUGGUCUCACGGCACAGCAGGCCACCAUUUUGCUGAACCUAAGCUGAUCUGGGUCUGGUUAGUGCCUGGAUGGAUGUAGAUGAAAUCCACAUUUCUUCUACUCAAGUCCCAUCUUGAAAGGUUACAAACAUAAGAAAAUACAUAAUCACAGCAAUUUGCCUCUUGGUUUCCUGCACUUCUGCACUUCUUCAUCCUUUGUAUAUUUAUGCUAGAGGUUUGAAAUGGCCAGGUGCCUUUUAGCUAGCUACACAAAGAUUGGCACUGGGAGUAGCAAGGAAGUAGGCAUAGACCCUAAAGACCCUAAAGAGUGACCUACUCAACCCCAACAGAUUCCAAUAAAUAAAUGCAUAUUUCUGUUUUGUUUUGUUUUAGUAGUACACUAUUUUAUUUGACAAGUGGGCAGGAACUUGAUCAUUUAGAUCCAUUGGCUACCUGAACUGCAGCUGCAUGCCCAUAUUUACUGUACCAUGGUGAAAGCAGCUUUAUAAUGUUACAGGAUGCUUUUUAUAGAUACAGUGGUACCUCAGGUUAAGUACUUAAUUCGUUCCGGAGGUCCGUACUUAACCUGAAACUGUUCUUAACCUGAAGCACCACUUUAGCUAAUGGGGCCUCCUGCUGCCGCCGCGCUGCCGCUGCCCGAUUUCUGUUCUUAUCCUGAAGCAAAGUUCUUAACCUGAAGCACUAUUUCUAGGUUAGCGGAGUGUGUAACCUGAAGCGUAUGUAACCUGAAGCGUAUGUAACCCGAGGUACCACUGUAUGUUCUCACACACCAGUCUGUGUUAACCAAAACGUGUGAGAUUAUCCACAAAGAAUGAGAACUUGUGACAGCCCUGGCAGGUAUCAUAUGGACAUUAAAUAUGAAUAUUAAAUAGGAAUCAAACAUUAAUCAAAAUAUUUUCACUACAUGUUCAUAUUAGUAAGAAAUAUUAAAAAUACAAGCUUAACCCAGUUUCCUUCCCUUUUGCAAUUUUUUUCAGGAAUCAAUCAGGUAAAAUACAGAUGAACAAAUAACUGAUUAUGUUGGCAAAUACUGAUUAGAAAACACAGCUAAGUGGAAACAUUUGGCUGAGAACAAGGUAGAAAAGGCAAACAUGAGAAACCACCUAUAUUAAGUUGAAUUUAAUAUGAAUCUAACUCAUAUUUUCAUCCUUCCUCUUAAUACUUCUGUGAGGUUAUUCAAUCUGAACAUGAAGGAAAGAUGACUAAAUAGGCUGUUUAGGGGGCAAGAAAUUUGCAAACUUAAGUGAACUUGUCCAGCAAGCAUUCAUGCAGAGGCUUUGGUGUAUACAAUCAAUCUGUAACAACACGAGCAUGCUUCAAGUGCAGUUCCUGUAUUAAAAGUAUACAUACAUACAUACAUACAUACAUACAUAAUUUUAUGUGUAUCGCUGAAGAACAAAAGUUACCAGCUGGCCUGCCAAGAUUCUCUCUCAAGCAUUCAUCAGCCCAACAUACAAUGCAAAUUCACCAAAUAGUUGAGCUUUUCAGACGCAUCAUUUGGCAUGGAUAGCUAUAGAUGCCCUUCAUUGGUUCCCUUCUUCUUUCAACCAGCCCUUGGAGCUAGAGUUACAGAUUAGAGCUGCUGUUUCAGCUAUUUGCUUUGCAGCUGUUCCUGAUGCAAAGAACAUUUAAAUUGACAUUAAUAGAUAAGACUAGCAAAUGAUUCAUCUUAGGUCUUCAGCAUUUUCUUUUUUUACUUUCCUGUAAUAUAAUUUGUACACAUAUGCAAAAAGUGCGUAUCUUAAUAUAGUUUCCAAAUUUUGACUUGUGCGUUUGCAGUAGGUUUGCCUGGGAAAUGAGCACUUAUUCGGGCAAAAACUGGUAUCACUUAAAUUGCUCCUGUUACAAGGAAGACAUUCUGGGCCACUUGGCUCAUGUCCAUGAAUGUUAAUCAUCCGACCAUCUCUCUUGUGCUUCCUAGUGAAUGCUUUUGAGAGUCUCAGAUGGUAUCUGCAGAAAAGCAUUUAAGCACAUGUGCAAACUCAUUUAUUUGUCCCUGAAAUGCAGCCAAAUUGGCCAAAUGGCAUGAAGGAAGCAUGAAAAUUCUGAACAUGCCCUUUGGGUUGACAUUGGAUGCAGAAUAAGACUCCUGAGUUAGAACAUUGGCAUGGAAAACUUGCGUCUUUGAAGUAGCAGUUUGAAUCCUUCCUGGUGCCAUUAAAAAUAACAGAAGUGCUCACAAACAUUUUGGCAACUGGUGUAUCUGUUAUGAAAUGGAAAGUAUUCUACAGUUAUUUAUUAUAGAAAGUACAGUCACCCAGUCAGAAGAUAGGUUCUGUACUUUAGAUGCCUCCAUGCUUAAGUAUCAAUAUAUUUGCAGUUGCCCUUUACACAGUCAAUCUGGUUAUUCUAUAAUAAUUGUAUAGUUCUCAUUAUACCAGAUCUGACACAAAGUGCCAAUAAUGCUGUUGAAUCUGCUAGUUCUGCCUUGCUUCUUUCUAGUAAUCAUGGCUUUCUACAUUCUGGUGUUACAUUUGCCUGCAUCAUCUGCUUUUUCUUGUUCUGCUGUAAUGUCUUAUCUACAUUACCGAGGCAUUGUUUUAAUAAUCUCAGUGCAGAAGAUUGCUUUGCUCCUCCAUACAUUCUUGUUAACUGGACUGGUUCCAGACAGGGACAAUGUUUUAGAGAGUGGCACAGUCAUGGCUCCAUUUCUGCAAAGGUCCCACUGUCUCAGUAGCCCUUCCAUUCUCACCUUGCAUACAGAGCACUGCAAGCACAGGCAGAGGUUCAUGCAGGGUGUUAGAAUAAUUGCAUGGUUAGCAACCCCAUGUGUUGUUGUUGUUAAGAAAAGUGUGUUGGGGGGAAGUUGUAAUUUUCAUGGGGGUUGCAGUGCAUGGAGAAGGGAGAUUUAACUCUCCCUUGCCCAGGCCAGUGGCUCCAGUGAUUUUUACAUUAGCAUUGGAUUUUGCACCAGAGAAGUGGUGUCCUUUCUUCUAGCAACCUGUCUGCAUGGUGCUUCAGAACUCAAAUAAUGUCUGAAUGUGAUGUGGGGUAGACAACAGUAUGCUUUUUCUAGGUGAUCGCAGUAUUAAGUGGGAGAAUGUAUCCUACGCUCUUAAGAUUUCUAUCACCUCUUUCUUACCUCAUAAAAUGGGAAUGAGAUUGUAGAAUACUGAGCAGACAAAAUGGGCUGUUUUAAUUUAAUGCAUUUCUAAACUUUUAAUUACCAAGUCUUUACCCAAGUUUCUAAACUUCAGGUUACAGGUGAGGGCUACAACUUUUAAAUGUUUCCCCGUGUUUAAAAUCCCUGCCGUUAUACAGCUAGUGCAAUGAGGAUAAAAAUCAGCCCAACCUAGCCUAGUUCAUGAUAUUUUACAAUUUUCUUUAUAAAGAGAGUUUUUUAAAAAGUAUCUUUCAAAAAUAGCGCGCGCGCGCGCACACACACACACACACACACACACACCACUUGAAGUAGAACAAUACUCCAUGCUGCUACAUGUGGAAACCAGGUCUGAGUGAUUAGCCCCAGUGCAGGCUUUUCUUUCUCCUAAGGCUCAUUACAGAGCGUAAGUGUGUGGAGUUUGACUGAGGAGGAAGGGGUUAAAUUGACCCUCACUGGGCACUGCCAUUACAGAUGAAAAUGAACCUUGUAUUGGGUUGUUUUUUAAAAAGCAACAACACCUGAAUGUGGCUGCUAACUGUUCAAUUAGAAUGAUGUCUAAUUUAGGCUUCAGACAACUUCACAGUGAGUUGGGUAAGGCAGGUUAAUCCAAACUUUAUACUGGGGUGGCGGUGGUGGGGAAUUAGCCUUAGGAGUAAACCAUAAGCGUGAACAAGCCCUGUAGCUGAAAUGUUUUUUAUAAACCAAAUCAAAGACAGAUGGCUUGCCUGUCAGCACUCACUUGAGACAUACUUUUGUGGUCCUAAGGGAAGUACUUCACUGAAACAAAAAAGCUGGCAAGACAACAACCCUGGCGAGGUGUCUUGCUGACUGGAAGCGCUAUCAGUGAGCAGCCCACAAAUCAACAGACAUCAUAGCACGAUGGUGUUAAUAGUGUCAUGCUGCCCUUCAUUAAAACAUACGGCUAGAAAAGAGGUCUCGCUAAUGAAGACAUUACUUGCACAAAUAAGCAGGGGUCAUAAAUGAUGUCAUAGAAUCAUAGAAUUGUAGAGUUGGCCAUUGUAAAGGUUGUGGUAAAGCUUCGAAUGGCCCCGCCCACAGCAACUAUGCCACACCCACCAAUGUACAUAGAACCUAGCAGAUUGUAUACAUAGAAAAAGUACUUCUGAAGGUGUGGAAUGUCAGUUGCAAUUCUGCUUGUGGCUGAAAAGGUCCCUCUGUAUAUUAUUGGACAGCACUUUCCAUCAUACCUGGCCAUUGGCUGGUGGGAGGUAUCCAGCAACUUCAGGAGAGCAUCACAUUGGCUGUAUAAUAUUUGCCAGGCUCUAUCUUUUUAUUGUUUUAGGAAGCUAGUAAAAAACUGAGUUAUUUUAAAAGGUCUGUUCAAAAAAUAUUUCCAUGAUUUUCUUUUUAAAAAAAAGUUUUUAAGGUUCUUCAUUGCAUUCUGUGUGUAGUGCUUUUUGUUGUUUUUACUGUGCUAAUAUGGGAUGAUGGUGAUGAAUUAGUUUUUCCUGAUUUGCUGUCUGCUUUCUGUUACUUUUGAAAAUAUGACAAGAUAAAAUAAAAAUAAAAAGUAGAUAAAAUGCAUGAGAAACUUUACCCGAAAUCCAGAUAAAAUACUGAUCCAACCUCACUAUCCUCUGUACUAAACUGCAGAACAAAUACAGUCUAAAGUAUAUUGAGGGGGGGAAACACAGACCAGAUAACAUGUGACGUUCAUCAUGACUGUCUUAUUGGAGUCAGUGAGAUUUAUAUUAGCCACAACUGAGUCCCACUCCAUUACUCGCAGUUGUACUAAUCUUAACUCAGUUUUGCUGAAUGAAUGAAUUUGAAAUGCUUAUUCAUUUCUUUUAUAAAUUAAUGAGUUGUGUUCUCUGCCGCAAUGGCACCCAAAUGGAACUGAUAACAAAAACAUAAAACUAUAAUAAAAAUACAGUAAAAUACUAUUUAAAAAACUGGGUUGGACUGCAACUUAGUCCUGCUUAGAGUAGACCCAUUAAAAUCAGUUGGAAUUAAGUAAGUCAUGACUAAAUUCCCUCAUUGAUUUCUGUAGAUCUACUCUUAAGUGAGAUCAAGUCUAGAUCCAACCCUAUGUCCCCAGAAGUUGCAUUGAGUGCCAUGGAAUUUACUCCCAGGUAGUAUAGGAUUUCAGCCUAAGGACAGCAGUAAAUUUAAGAGUACAUCAACAUUGUAAACAGUCACCAGUAAACUAGGCAUUUCUCACAACUUCUGAGUGGAGUUAGAGCCAUUAUUCUCAUCUUGGAUAUGCAUUUGCAAGACCACUUUGUGUGAAUCAGUUAUCCUUUUAUAUGGCAUAACUCCACUUUCCCCACUCAGCUGGAAAGAAAGGGAAUGUGUUUGGACAAGCAUAGCUGUGGAUUCACCCUCCUCUUUCUAAAAUGUUAAAGACAAAUACCUGCUCAGCUGUCCUUUUCAUUUUUACCAUGAAACAUAUUCUAGAUGUCGACAGAGCGUAACUUUUCAGGGCUCUCCAGCAAUCUGCCAGUGGUUUCUUGAUGGAUCCUGCUUAUAUACCAUCUGAUUCACUUUUCCAAGUGUUGCCCCCCACCCUCAAUAUCUGAUACUGACUCAGAGAGAGUCUGCCUGAAAUGGUACUUGAAAUGUUUACAGAGAUGAUUUCACUGGAAAAUGGACUGAUUUGACUGUUUUAUCAUGUAGAAGGGGAAACACAUUGGUAACAGCAAAAGCUUGCAUUGCUCAUAGAGGAACUGAUAAUGUAAACGAGACGUUCACAUUAUCCUCAGGUGAUCUCUUCCCUCUCUUGUUCUGAUUUUCAGACAGUGAAAUUAUUGCUCCAGAUUGUCUCCGUCCAAGAUCCUUCACGGCUAUCCGGCGGCCUUCACUACGCAGGGAGACUGAGGACACCCGUCUGUCUGUGAGCCUUUGCGACCUCAACCUCCAGGAGGAGAACUUCCAUGUCAUGGCUGCCAUGUGUCCCAUUCCACAGAAUUCCCUCAACUCUCAACAUUCCCACCUCCUCCCAUCCCAGCUUGAAAGUGACCUCCGUUUCCAUCAGCUCAGGGGAGCCCAUAUUAAAAUCCUGGAUGACCAGACAGUGGCUCGCCUGGAGCAUGCUCGAGAAGAGAGAACUUUGGUUUUCACCAGCAGGCCCCUUAGAAUCAAUGAGACCAUAUUUGUCAAGAUUAAUAAAUCCAACACUUCACGUACUGGGACACUCUCUUACGGGGUGACCACUUGCGAUCCCAGCACCCUGAGGCCCAGCGACCUUCCUUAUAAUCCAGAGUCUUUGGUUGACCGGAAAGAGUUCUGGGCAGUUUGUAGGGUGCUGGUGCCUCUCCAGAGUGGAGACAUUUUGGGAUUCAUGGUGAAUUCAGAAGGCGAACUGCACUUGAGCCACAAUGGAGCAAACGCCGGCAUGCAGGUGUGCGUGGACUGUUCCCAGCCACUGUGGAUGUUCUUUGGUUUACAUGGAGCAGUCAUGCAAAUCCGAGUCCUGGGUAUGUGUGCCUCUUUCCACAUGCAGUGUUAUGUAAAUGGGUGGAUUGGGCUGAGUGGGCUAGUGGUAGCACUAGAAUAUAGCACUGGGGUGAGCAAAGAAAAGAAAAGGCAAAGUAGGUUCUGUGGCAAGUCCUGUCUUGUUUGCACUGGAUGUUGGAGGUGAGAGAAUGGAGAAAGCAGGGUUGCUUCUCAAUACCUGCAGUUCCAGCUAGGGCAUCCCAGCAAGACUGCCAGUGGUGACUUUCCAAUGGUAAAAAGGGUAAGUAAUUUUUAUUUAUUGGGGGUUAUGGAGACUCUCGCCUUCUCUUUUUUCCCUAUUAUCUGCAAAAUUGAACAGACUGAAAGAAAAUAAUAUAGCUGACCACUGGCUUCAUUUAAAUAGCAUGUGCAACCAGCAUUUCAGUAAAAAAAGAAAAUAAGCAAAUGGCUUUAUAACAUUAAAAUCUCACACAUUUAUCAUUGAGGUACACCGUGCUAUAGUACAUGAGCAAGGCUUGUAAGGGUGAUAGCAUUUGAAGUAAACAGCCUAACAUUUCCUUAUGUUGCUAUAAAAUGUGAACUUAAGAAUCCAGCCACGCAGUUUAAUAUAUUACAUAGACAUACUAUUAUGAGUGUUCAUUCUUAUGGCUUGUUACCAAUGUUUGUCUAAUAUGACUUGAAUUCCAGAAAGUAGUUAUUUGCUCUGAGAAAUCUAGUCCUUACUGCUUUAUAGCUUCUCCCAAACAAUAAUUUUAUGCCAAAAAAGAACAGAGCUAACAAGCAAACUUGCAUUUUGGGAACUGUGACUGGCAUGUUGUGAUGAUGUUAAUGAUUUAGACAGUGUAUAUACUACUUAGAAAAAAUAUCAUUAAGUCACCAAGGGAAAUGUGCUCCUCAGCACUGUAGAAGUAGAGCACACAGCUUUUAAAGAGCCUUUUAAAAAUUGAGUUAAUAAGGAAAGGAAAAGUGUUCAUGAAAUGGUGGGCCAUUUUUCUGCAAAAGGAGGGAGUAUCCUUGGUAGUGUCGUAGCCCUUUUCCUAAAGUAGUUCUGGGGUUUUGAGGAGAUUCACCAGAUUUCGGGGUCUACAUAAAUGAAUGCAUUCAUUUUGAUACGACUGAGAUACCUCAGCAAUAGUGAGUUUUUAUGCCACAGAUCCAUUAUGAGAAGGUGACACCUGUGUAGUUGUGUUCACCACAGAAGCAGCCUCAUUCCUUUACAAAAACAAAAACCCACCCUUCUUAAGACUUGCAACAAUUGUGUUAUCUUGGAAAAAUGCCAUUAACCAGCAACUUAAAAUGAAUACACCACAAGAGAAGUUUGGAAAAUGCAGACAAUGAAUGCACAUAAAUGUGCCUAAUGGGUCUCUUCCUUUAUGUAGCAUUUGUUCUGGGGUGCCCCCAAGUUUUGUGAGCCAUGUAUUUAAUUUUGUGUUUAGGAAAAUGGACUCAUUAAAUAGGCAGAAAUGUAGCAGGCAGAUCAUCUGAGGCACUUCACUGCCUAAAGUAUUCAGAAAACUGCAGGGCAGACAGCACUUUAGUGUUUUAAUAGAAAUAUGUUUGGAAGCAGCAGCUUUGGGGUUUCUGGUAUAUGUCUAAAAACAUUUUUUUUAUUAAAAAAAUGCCUUAAGUGCAUCUUAGAAAGGCAUUAGCUGUGUUAAAUGCUUUGUGAACCAUUCCAUCAGGCUCAAUUUUAUUUUUAUUUUUCUUCUCUUGUAAGCUAAGUAUACAUUAGUAAUGUAAAUGAUUAGCAAGCAUUUCUUGAGGGGGUUUAAUCAUCACGUGCUAAAGGGCUGUGCACUGACAUUACAUAGUAUCCUGAGCAGAUCUUCAUUUUUAGCAUCAUUUAAAAGUGAAAUUAGUGCAAAUUGGAAUCUGCCCCUUUACAAUUUCUGUGAAGAUGGGGAGCCUUCCUUGAGGAGAAACAUGCAGUGUGAAGAGGCUUAGGGCUGGCUUUCCAUUUCCUUCUCAAUGUGUUUUCUUAAAUUAUGCUAAGAAUGCCUUUUCAUCUGGAAUGUCACUUGUGAAUAUUGCUAAUAAAGGAUAGAAUAUAAAGUGGCAUUGAAAUAACUAAAGCGGGGAUUAACAACCUGUGGCCCUCCAGAUGUGGUCCCUGACAAUUGGCCAUUCUGGCUGAGGGUGCUGGGAGCUAGAGGCCACAGGUUGCUAAUCCCCAGACGGCAGGGAAAUAAUCGUAUUAGGACUCAAUCCCUGCAACAUCUUUAUAGUUUAUCUGUUCCAGAGGUUUCAGGGGUGUCAUUUUUCUUUGCCACUCUCUCCCUUUCUUGCUUCUGAUCCUGACUGUGUUGGUGUCUAAUUGUUCUUUCCCACUAGAUAAUCUGUCCUCUCAGAAUAAUGGCCUCAAUCCAGCUAUAAAUACAGGACCAUCAGUUGCAUUUAACAGCUUUUUGCCUCUGAAGAGGAUGCACAUUCUAAGUCAGUGGUGGCCAAACGUGCCCCUCCAGCUGUUUUUGGACUACACCUCCCAUCAUCCCUAGCUAACAGGACCAGUGGUCAGGGAUGAUGGGAAUUGUAGUCUCAAAACAGCUGGAGGGCCAAGUUUGGCCACAGCUGAGCUAAGCACAUCUAAACCACAAAGCAGAUGGACAUGUGAAUCAAUGAUGUGCAUGGGAGACUGUUUCCUUGCGUGGGUCUCCCUAGAAUAUUAUAAUUCAUCUUGACAGAGGAAGGGUCAUGUGUGCAGAGACAGGAGAAACCAAAGUCUUUUGGUAGAGCAUAGUCCAAUGGUACUUCCAUUGAAAGAAUCAGGUGGCAUGUGAUGGGAAAGACCUCUACUUGAGAAUCUGGAGUACUAACUCCUCUGGGUCCCUUCCAAUUCUACAGUUCUGUGAUUCAAUGAUGCCUGUCAGAGCACAUUAUACUGGACUAGAUGUGCAAACAUCACAACCUGGUAUAAGGAAUUUCCUUGAUUGCCACCUUUGCAAGUACCUGAGGCUGCUGCAUGUGGGUGUGAUCACACUGUCCUAUCUGAAUUUAUCCUUGACCCAGGAAUUCUUGAUCACAUCAGUUGGUAGAGCACCCUGCAACUGGGGAGGGGGAAAUCAAUUCUGGUGCCCCUCCCUGCUUCCAGUUGCCCAUCUUCUUGCAGCUGCAUGGAUGAUGGACAAAAUCCACAAGAUGAUUGAAAGGGGGGAGAAAUUCUGUUCAGUUUUCAUUUGAAUGUGAACUUACUAACAGAUGAACUGUAGCUAUUCUUUGAAAUUUUCUGAAUGUUGUGAUUCAGUUCUUCAACCAAAUAAUGUGUAUAGAAAUUCAAAUAUCAGUGGACAUUUGCAUAUAUUUGUGCAUAUGUUUGUGAAAAUAGCAUACAAAAUUAAUUAUAUUAGGGGAAAUUGCUUGCAAAAAUGUAUACAGUAGGCAAAAAUUGUAUUUAAAAAGUGUAUAUUCCACUUAUGUGGUAAUGUAAAGAACUGAACUUAAGGUUGAAAAAAUUAGAAAUGAAGAGAAAGCAAAAAUUAACAGAUUGAGUUUGACAAACAAAAAUGAUAUGAAGUUAUAGUCAAGGGACUUACACACCAUGCAUAAACUUUAUGUUCUCUCCUUCUGUGAGACUGCAAAUUAAUCGUCUUCUCCAUCAGAAUAAUAAAACAGCUCUGGAUGAAAUGGGAUGUUAGUAAUAAUUAUAUAUUAGCUCCCUUAUGCCUUUGUCUGGGUAUAUCGAAUAAAUUGGAAACAAGAUAGUUUAUCAUCCUCUCUGAAUUUUGAUGUGCCUGUUCAUGGCAGCCAAAGCUUCCCCAUUUCUUGCACAAAUGCUGGAAUGGCUUAGAUUUUUCUGCAUACGUGCAAGUGACAAAAUGGACUAAAUUUCCUGCUAACAAGCAGGUUGAUGCGUCCAGCAAAAUCUGCAGUAAAUUUUAAAGCAGCAAACUUUUUGAUGUGCUGUUAGUGAAUUAGUGGGUGUAAAAUAACUCUGAGCAAAGUGCUAGUCCAUCCUGAUCUGCUGGCUGUCUUAACCUCCUUGGGUUUGUUUUGUCCUAAGGUGGAUGUUCUAUUAGUGCAAGGAUUUCUCCUUGCACAACAGAAUGUCACCCCCCUCUCCUCUUCCCAUGCUCCCCUUUAUCUGUUCUGGGGGCUCCCUCAACCUCAAGAGGAGAUUCAUAGAUAGCAUAGGGUGCAUGUGGGGUGAGAAGAGGGGAAAGUCCCAUUGUGCUUGAGCUAAUCCGUGCAUUAGCACUUUGAUUUAGUUGAAUAUUGUCUGUAGGCAAAAAUGUCCAAGUUGAGUGAGUCUGGCAGGAAAUGCUAUUCAGGCAGACAUUUGUACAUAUCUGUCUGCAACCCAUAAAGCCAAGAAAAUGAAAUGAGUAUGAGCUGAUGUUUGCUGCAAGUGUUGAUGCCUAGACAUUAGAGGCUGUUGCUACAACAGCAGUGCAGGAGAAUGGCCAUUUAGCUACCUUUAUUCAUGAACUUUGGCCACCUGAAGCAGCUGCCUCAGCAUACCUCAUGGGCAGGCAGGCCCUGUUGACAAGCGCCUAAGUAAGCAUGCGUAAACAUGGAUAAGCUCAUCAUGAAGGAUUUUUAUUGCCCAAAAGGAUACAAGAGAAGAGGGAAUAUAUUAAGAACAGGUUGUGUUCUGAUUCUACCUAUGGGACUGAGUUCAAAAAGUAGCAUUGGGAAAGUGCUUGUUAGCCCCCUGACAGUUAUGCUAUGGGAUUCUGCAGGACAAUGUUUUAUCCCCACUUUUGAGACUUAUGUGAAAGGUUAUUCAUACAUUAAUGCUAAUCAUAAUCAGAUAAAGAUAGCUCACACAGUGCAUCCCAGUGAACCUGGCCUUGCCAUUGUACCAGUGGAUUGAAUGCUGUCUCAGCAACCAAUCUAGCCCCUUCCUUGUGCUAUCAGCAGGUUUACAUCUUUUGCAUUGAAAAAAUCAUUGUCCAAACUUCAUGCUUUUAGCCAUUCAUUCAUCCCUUAUUGACUUUCUCAAAGCGCAAAGCUAAUCCAAGGAUGGAGGGCUGGGUGGAGAUUUUUUGUGACAGUGGACUUGAGAGGCUAACCACCUUCUUGUAGUGGCUAUCAAGUUCUUAUUCAAGCUUGCAGACCUGUGUGUGUGUGUGUGUGUGUGUUUUCCAUGUUUCCUCCCAGAGUUCCACCCUGGAGAAGAAACAUACCUGUUUGGACUGAGAGCACAGAGGCCUCGGUGCUCUAAAAAUAUUACUUGCACCUUCUUGGCCAUCAUAUGUUCUGCCAUCUUGGCAGCUUAAGAUCUCUCUGAGCAAUCAGCCUGGAGCAUGGGUUCCAGCUCUUUGUGUAUAUAAAAUAUUUGAAAAAGUCAACAAGCACUUUGACUGCAUGUGUAUGAAUGAGUACAGUGCAUCUCUAACUGAAUCUCAGCAGAGUCUAGGAAGUAUGUUCCUGGCAGCAGUGGCAAUCACAGCUGCCACUGAACACCAUUUUUUCAUGAAUGCUAGAUCAGGACUAUAAUGAGAGGCAAAAGAUUGAAGCCCUGCUACCCUCCAUGCUAGAGUCCCUUUCUGGUGUGGGUGUGGGGCAGAAUCAGCAGUUUCCUUUUGGGAAUGUGGGCGUGGUUUGCCCUAGCAACCUGACAAAACCCACCACUGAGGCCUGUCCUGGAUCUGGGAAUCACCAUGUUAAUUUGCUAGAAUUUCCCCCUUUUUUAGGGGAAAUGGGCUGCUAUUUUAAUUUCCCAGAAUGCCCUGAAGCUACAGUACAUUGGGAACAUUAUGGGGAAUUAAAAUGGAGGCUCCUUGAUUCCACUGUGUGAAGCUGCCCAGCAUUCCUGCUGCUGCCGUCGCCACAAGAUAGACAAAUUGGUAUUUCUCUGAUGCACGGACAUAUAACCCAUGCUGCUCCCUGCGUAUGGAGCCUCAUUUAGGUCAAAAAUAUGAGAGGAAGCCUUUUGUUUUGUAUACUUCUUGGCUGCUGUUUAAUGUCUCUCUCUUUGUUGUGUGUAUAUGAGAUCUGUUCUCUUGCUAGGGUGUUUACAAUAUACAAUACAAUUCCCUUCAUUUGAACAGAUUGGAGGAAUGGGUGUGGGGUAGCCUGCCUCCAAGAACAUUCAGAUAGCAGUCACUGGUGCAAACAGGCCUGUUUACACAGGGUUAUGCACAGGGCUGCAGCAGACCAUCCCAUGACACUGAUAAUAGUGGUGGUUGAGAAGAAACUCUAAAACGUCUAAGAAAGCCUCAAGUUUCCUGGAAGCAGUAAGCGGGAUGCACAGAGUAAAGAAGGAAUUGCAGCACCACAGAUGGCCCUGAGCUGACCAUACUGUCCCAUUGUUUUUGUAGUAGGGCACCUACUUUUCAUGCAAGAAGUCUCUGGUUCAAUCCCUGGCAUCUGUAGGUAGCUCUGGAAAAUAUCUUUGUCUGAGACCCUGGAGAACUGCUGCCGCUCAGUGUCAACAAUGCUGAACCAUAUGGGCCAGUGGCUUCCUGUGUUGCACCUCCCCAUCCCAACGCAUUAUGAAUUGUGGUAGUCAGAGUGGCUUCCACAUUUUGCUCUAGGCACCUUUAAGAAAGUACUGCAUUGAUGGGCCUCUCGUGCACAUGCCAAAGACCUUCAAUGCCCUGAAGAGCCUGGUUAAAACAACAACAACACUGUUCCAUUGCAUAUAAACAUAAGGAGGGGGACCUCCUGGAUCAGACAUCGCUGUACUGGAGGGCCACCAGACUUGAAAAGUGGGGAUCUUUUGCAAUGUGGAGCCCUAAUGGGGCUGCACUGCAUACUUGAUGACCUCUGCUGUGAAAAUCGGUAGGCAAAAACACUGCUCCCUACUGAAUUACUUAUGAUAAGGUGUGCUGUAGCAUCUUAGAGCCGCCCUCCAGAGGGUUGCUGGGAUGCUGUCCCAUGUGUGUGGCCUCUAAAACAGAUUAUAAAAAUCUGUUUGAAGUGACCCAUUUCUGUGGAGUGCUGUCAGACAUGUUGAGCUUGGGUGCCUACAAGGGCUCAGCGAAAUUUCAGGCCUGUGCUAGACCCUUGGAUAAUGACUGUAGCUCAGUGGGAGGUAGCCAUGAAUGGUUGCUCUGACAUUAAAGCAUUGUCUAUCACAGGCAUAGGCAAACUCGGCCCUCCAGAUGUUUUGGGACUACAACUCCCAUGAUCCCUAGCUAACAGGACCAGUGGUCAGUGAUGAUGGGAAUUGUAGUCCCAAAACACCUGGAGGGCUGAGUUUGCCUAUGCCUGGUCUAUCAAGCCAUUUUGAUCAGGUUGUAUGGAUGGGGCAGUUUUCUUUCUCCACUUUGUUUCUUUUCAAUUGGAGCAAUACAGGAUUCAUGGAAGUACAGUCAUACCUCGGGUUAAAUGUGCUUCAGGUUGAGCGUUUUCAGGUUACGCUCCGCAGCGACCUGGAAAUAACGGAGCGUGUUACUUCUGGGUUUCACCGCUCACUCAUGCGCAGACGCUCAAAAUGACGUCACGCGCAUGCGCAGAAGUGGCGAAUCACGACCUGCGCACAGACACAGGUUGCUUUCACUUCAGGAUGCGAAUGGGGCUCCGGAACGGAUCCCGUUCGCAUCCAGAGGUACUACUGUAGUAUUUUCUAAUGGAGAUCAACAGUUGCCUUCCAAUGAAAACAAAAUCUGCCUGUGAACUUGGUUGGGAAUGGUCAGCCCUGCUCAGCUUUUGAGCCAGAAGCUAUCGCUUCCCCCUUCCUCUCUGCCCAUCCUGCCCACCCACUUUACUGAACUUAAUGCUAAUCAGUACACACACACACACACACACACACACAGCAGAGCUGCAUUGGCUGCCAGAACAAAAUAGCCAAGGAUUCUGCCAUGAUUAGCCAAAAUCUGACAUUGAGUAACGGUCCAUUAGAAACAGCUGCCUUUCCUCAGAACGUUGUCCUCAAUGACCUUGGCAUUUUGCAGUGUUACAUGGGAAGCAUUACUUAUUUUAUUGCCAUUUAUAUCCCCUUAAAAAUGGCAAAAUCAACAUAGCAGAUUGCUAAACCAGCAAUGGCAAAGAGCUGAAACAGUUACCAUAAAGCCUAAUAUUGUCAUAAGGUUUGUUUCCAAAGAACAAAUGUUGGAACACAGCUUGGACCCCGUUGCCUCCCCUGGCCUAUAAAAUAGGGUUCAGGAAUGGAUUUGGGACUGCUGCUUUCAGUUCUCUGUUAGGAUUGCCAAGCCCAGACUUUUGAGAUGUCUCUUUUCCUUUAAAAUGAAUGUAAAAAGGAGAAUUCGAAUGAGUAUGGGAUUUGUUCCACCAUAGUGAUGUAUUAUUAUUAGUAGUAAUAAUAAUAGUAUUGAUAUUAUUAAUUUCCUGCCUUUCACCCUAAAGUCCCAGGGUGGGCUACAAUUAAAACAGAAUGUUAGAAACAGUGUAAAUCAACUUGCAAUCACAGAAACAAGGUGGGUCCUAAAAAUAUACAUCUCAGGUGUCAAAAGCUAGGGUAAAGAGGUGCCUCUUCAGCAUUCACCAAAAGUUGUAUAUUGAAGACAGCAGAUAUGCCUCUGUGGGGCCAGAGGUCCACAGUUUAGGGGCGGCCACUGAGAAUGUCUUCUCUUGGGCUGCUACACACCCAUAAACCCCUGGAACAACUAAGAGGGACCCUCUGCUGAUCUUAACUCCCAGGGAUUCUGUAGGGAAGGUCAUCUGCACCUGGUAUAAAUUUACCCCAUGAUUCCUCUUGUGGUCCAGUUUAACACUCACAUCUUAGAUGGCUAAGCUCCUGUUGCAAGGACAUUAGCCUGUGCAUCUCCUUGCUGAGACGGAGGCCAAAACUGUUCUUUAGGAACAUAGGAAGCUGUCUUAUACCUGUGCAUCUGGUCCAGCAUUUCCUAUUUAGUCUGCCUGUCAACGGCAUUGCAGGGUCACUGACAGAGAUCUUCUUUGCGUUACCUUUUACCUGAUCCUUUUAAACUGCAGAUACCAUGGACUGAAUUUGAGUCUUUCUGCGCACAGAACAUACACUCUGUCACUGUGCCUUGGAGCCUUCUCUCUUUGUCACUCUGUUUCUUCGUCACACCUGAUGCCAUGCUCAUUCUGUUCAUUUGACUUUUUUUCUUUUAAAUAUGCAAUUACGUGAGGCUUGUGUCAUGGCGAUUGUUUCCAUGUAAACAGAAAUAAGUGAGUGCCGGGCAACGGAAGCACAAUGUGUGAUUGAUGUGUUUAGAGCAAACAGAAUGCAGAUACUGCUUACAGGGUGUUUUGACGCAAACCUCUGGUCUUCUGAGCCUUGGGUAUGACGGCUAUUUCUCACUCCACAGCUCAGAUAUCUAGAAUAACACGCAUCUCAAUACUUGCAGUUCCACCAGCCCCCUCGUCCCAGCCACAGGGGCUUCUUGGUAGCCAAAAAAGGAGCUGUGUGAAGCAGCAUGGGUGGGUAUCUUACCAAAUAACAAUGGUGCCAGCAGUUCAAAUCCCUAGUUAAGAUUCCAGGCUCUUGUCCAGAAUUGCUAACUAGCUAAUGUCAAUGCCAGAUCUUACUAUUUUAUAUGUAUUGGUUUAUUUAUAACCCACUUCUUUCUCUGUGUAGGUCAGGGUUGCCAACCGUGUGCCCACAGGUUCCAUGGUGCCCAGGAAGGCUUUCACUGGUGCCCCUGGGCAGGUGACCAGUACUCUGAGCUUUCAGGAAAAGAAUAGCUAAGUCUCUUGCCCUCCCAGAAAGAAAGUUGUGAGAUAAAAAGUGCAAAUACUUUCUGAGCAAUUUUUGUGAAAUGAGAGUCAGUGUAGUGUGGUGACCUUGUGUAUUUUUUCCUGAUACUGAGGAAUGCCCACUGUUGCUGUUAGACAGCGACGGCCUCAGUGUAUGUUUCUCCCUCUCUGUGUGCGUCUAGGUAUUGUGUGAUUUCCAUAGCCAUGACCAGCAGGACAUAGCUGUCUUCCCAUGAUAAGCAUAAGCUUGUCAGGGCUGGUUGUCUCUUGAAUUUUAUAUUAUGCUACGUUCCAUCCCUAGAGUAGCCAUUUUAUGACUGGCGCUCCCAGCACUCUCUAAACAUUCAAAAUGUGCUCACUAGUCCAAAAAGGUUGGUGACCUAUAGAUGGUUCUCUUUCUCCCACUUUCUCCUAAUAAUAACCCUGUGAGGUAGGAUAGGCUGGGAGAGAGAGUGACCGGUCCAAAAACAACCAGUGAGUUUGUGGGUGAGCAGUUGUUGUGGCAGGGAUUUGAAUCUGGGCCUCUCUGAUCACUAUGUCACACUACCGCUCAGUAAAAAACUGAAACUAUACCAGCAUUUCACUUCCUUCUGCAGGUUCUACUCUCCUGGCUGAGCGACUGGGCCCCUCUGCACCAAGCUCACCCACCUCAUCUCCAAACUCUCCCUCCGUCCUCUGCAGUGGCAUUUCUGAUCCCAUUCUGAGUACAUGUGGAUCUGGCCCACUUGGCAGCUCAAUCAGUGGUAAGUACUCCUACAGCACCAAACUAUACCCCUUCCAGCCUCAAUUACUGCAUCUCGUCAGAGCCCUUCCUAAAUUCAUUUUCCUUUCCUGCCCCAAGAAGUGCAGGAGCUGCACUUUGGGGCAGUCUUCAAUCUCUGCUCAUUUGUCAUUGCAAAAUUCCUCUCCUCUUUUCUUUGUUUUAAAAGUGAUUUUAGAUUUUAUAAUGGUGCUGUAUUGGUGAUAUUUUGUUGUUUUAAUAUAAUUUUGUAAGCUUCCAAGAAAGCUGUUCAACAGUGGAAUGGAUUCUCUCAGGUGGUGGUAGACUCUCCUUCCUUGGAGGCUUUUAAGCAGAGGUUGGAUGGCCAUCUGUCGUGGAUGCUUUAGUUGAGACACAAAUCUAGAUGCGAGCCAUGUUGGUUCUUCCUCCACACUUGGUAGCAGUAACGUUUCUGAAUACCAGUUGUGGGAAACUGCAGGAGGGAACGGUGACCUUGUUCUCGGAUCCUGCUUUCAGGUUUCCCACAGGCAUCGUGAGACCAGGAUGCUGGACUGAUCCAGGAGGCUUUUCUUAUGUUUGUACUUGAAUUUUGAUGAGUGGACCCCAAUGAUCAGGCACACUGCCUGCCGUUGUUUACCCCUUGCACAUAAACAAGGCCUGACUUACACUAAGCUUGUGCUUAGGCUUCCGUGCACUCGGGACACUGGCAAGCAGGUGUUUGGAUCGUGUGAAGCCCUAUAAAUGUGCAGCUGCUUCUUCCGUGCAGACAACUACACCAACCACAUUGACAUCUGUAAGUAGGGCUGGGCCACAUGCCCAAGGCCAGAGGCUGGUCCGGAGCCUAUUUCUACUCCUCUGCAGGCGCAGGGUGAUACUUUCACACAGAUAAUGGAUGUAGGGGGCUUUAGAAGUGGCCUUGUGGCAAAUUAUUGUUCUCUAGAAAUUUAUCAAUGCCCAGUGUUCAUCACUUUGAAGAGAUACCCUCCACCCCAACAGACCAAUGAGACAGUUGUCUGGAGAUGCAGUUUUGUACUUCUGUUCUUACAGACACGGACAGAGAACCAAAUCCACUUAUGGGAGAAAAGUAACACUUUUACUACAAAAGUAACAUGCAGUUGCAUGUUUGUGUGCAGGUUACACAUUCAAAUCCAAUUUAUAUGCCCAAAGAGCCUCCAGACUCUGAGACUAGACUAUGUUGCACUAAUUUGUGUACACCUCUUUCUUUGGCACAAAUGGGUUUUGCUUCCAAGAUCCAAGCCAUCGGUGACUUUGGAAUAUAUUUGACACUGACCGAGAGGUGGAUGGAUGAAAAGACUACAGGAGCUCGGGAAAUCUGCUAGCAAUUGGGGGAGGACACCACGUUCUGAAGCUUAUUGUGCUUCUGUACUGGUAUUGCAGUAUCCUAUCGAUCAUGGCUGGCCAUCACAUUUUAGUAGAAACUGCAAGAGGAGGAAGGAUAAUCUUGACCUCUGCAGGAAAUUGAGUACAUUGAGUGACAUAUUGGAACCCAUGAAUGGUCCAUCUGGCACAGUAUUAGCCAUCCUGAUAGUGGUCAGACAGAUGCAGCUGGGAGUUACAGAAGUGGGGUGAUGUUCUCUCUCUCUCAUUGUUAACCUCUAGAAUAUGAUAUGUUGGACCAGCAAUCUUGUUUUUGAUAUCCCUGGGUGGAGAUGAUGACAUAUAAAAAGAGUGACAGCAUUUCUUGUAUUGCAGGCACAGCUCCAAACUCUCCCGUCAGCAUGCCAGAGUCCCCCCUUUCCCCCUCCAUCUCAGGUUCCUGGAAUGACGAGUGCACCAUCUGCUAUGAGAACAUGGUAGAUACCGUGAUUUACUCCUGUGGACAUAUGUGUCUGUGCUACACCUGCGGGCUCAAACUCAAGAAGAUGGCCAAUGCCUGUUGUCCUAUCUGCAGACGUGCCAUCAAGGACAUCAUCAAGACCUAUCGCAGCACCUAGAGCAGCAUGGCAGGAAAAGGGUAGGGGCAGCAGGGGACAUGCUCUCUUAUGACAACUCAACAGAACAGGGUGGGGAGGGGCUGUCCAGCUUGCCAAAAUUCCCAUCCUUCCCUGUGCAACUAACUCUGAAUGUUGCUACAUGUGGGCAAAUCCCAGAAAUUUGAGGUAGAAACAUUUCCUUCCUUCCUUGGCAUCUAGCAGAGAGCUACUGACAACAAUCUGAUGUGCAUCCGUCAAGAAAGGUUGAAUUGCAUUCCUCCUCUUUCCCUAGCUCUGGCUCCACUCACCCACCUUCCUGCAAGGAUCAAAUUAUGCAGAAUAAUCAGAUUUUCUUGGGUAUGUUAGCAGUUUCAUUAUGUGAAUGAAUUCAACAUUUUGGACGUUUAAGUGGAGUAGAAAAAGAACAAGCCAUGUGAGCACUGAAACCACUUGCCGGAGCAAGAGGGAUGGCCUCCCCCCAUAGAAAUAUCUCUUGCAAGUGUCUAUUCCGAUGGGAAGGAACUGCCUCUGCCAGCUCUCCUAGUGGCCACAAAUGCACAUCAGUGGCAGCUGGAUCCCAAGGGAAUGUGGCGUAUGCUGGUGCUAAGGAAGGUGAUCUUUCGGUGCUUCUUCUUGUACUGUGCUGCACACGGGAGUCUCACUGUUAACUGACAGCCUUCAAGUUCUACUUUCUAUAAAUGCUCUCUUCCUUUCCACUCCAGUCUGUUCACCCCACCCUUGGAAGCAGCUGCUGAUAGUGCUACAGCAUGACACUGCAUCCUUUAUGAGCAUUCCCCCUGCUGCUUUCCCAAACCCACUGGUUUCCUUCUUCUUUUUAAAGCAUUGCACCAGGAGGCUUUUUCAAUGGCCAAAGGGGUGCCUUCACACCUGUUUUCUGCAAAUGAUGGAGUGCAUUUUAGAAGCCAUAAGGAAGAAGGCACACAAAGGCCUUUUAUCAGGACACUGAACAUCUGUCUCUGCUUUUAAGGAAAGUAAAAGCAUCAGUAAUUUAAUAACCUUUGGCCAAGCUGAAUGUGUGACACAGAGCUGCAUCUAUUUUGUUAUCAUGAAAAAAGAGAGAUCUGAAGCAGUUUGUCAUAGUUUUUAAAAAAUGUUUAUUUGGUUUUAUGAAGGAUUUUUAAAGUAUUCUUCCCAACAUGUGAAGGACAGUUGUUUUGGCCUUUCUUGCUCCCAGCACUGUGAAUCUACCUGGCUUGACUGAAUUCUUGGUGUUUCCCUCCAUGCCUUGCUGCAGCUGAUUGUGCUGUGAUGGACACUAACAAGGCCUCAUUCUUCAGCAGCUCCACUAUCUUCUGUGUUCCAUUUGACAAAUCCCACAUGCAUCCGGAACUGCAGCUUAUCAUCACCUGGCACCAAGUGGGCUAACUACUUCUGAAAUGCCACCAAAUACCCCAGCUGAGAGAAACCCGCAGCCCAGUUCAUCAGCCUCAGCUCCCUAAUAUGAACACCAGAGAGAGUUAGGUAAGGAAAGAGGUAGAUUAAGAAAGGAUUUGGAAAAGGACAGCGGAUUGCUGGUGUCUGAGAUUUUCAUUUCCCCCAAUGAAAAGUGUUUCGUUUCACCAACUUAGUGGACAGAUUUGCCCUCAUCAGAGUCACGCCAGGCUAAAUGUACAGGCAAUUCCCAUGUUGUGUGCGUGCCGCUUUUCGCUGCGGGAUGCAACCCCUGUGCAAAUGGAGAGUUGCCUGUAAUACAUUGAGGCUGUAAAUAUAAUGAUGGCCAACUCAUAUCGGGGAAGGCAGAUAACCCUUUAAUACAGAUGUCCUUAAAAAAAACCAAGAGGAUUGGGGCACAGCAUUUCUAAAAGACCCAGUUCCCUGCAACACCUAGCAGCCGCUGCCUGUAAGGAAAAAGUUAGGAGACUCUUGUUUGAAGUAUACCCAGCAUGGUAAUACUCCUGGACUGGACUGAUUCUUCUACUACUUUCUGUCUGAGCACUUGGGAGUGCUUCAGCCUGGGCUGGACCUAGCUAAUCCACAGUUUACAAUAGGGAUGGGGAAAUUGUGGCUUUCUAGAUAUCAUUCGACUUCCAUACAUCCCAGUGAGCAUAGCAAAGGGAAAGAAAUAUUGGCAACUGUAGUACAGCAUCACCUGGAGAGGCACAAGUUCCCCAUCCUUGGUUUAUGGGGAUCAGCACAGUGGCUGCUGAAGCACCUCAUCGACACCUGCCUCAUGCAGGUGUGGUCCAAAGAAUAUAGAUAACUGGUUUCCCCCCAUCCAGGCAUUCCUAGUCAACUUGCCCCUAGGACUCAUGAUCUGUAAAGAUAUUGUGAUGUGCAAUACUAAGCAAUGGCACCUCUUGAAAUUUAGUGUCCAUGUUGCUGGAUGUGCAGAAAAGGCCUCAGUUAAAAUUGCCUCUGUUUGGGCAUAUGACCACCUGCGCAUGUGGUGUUCAAAAGAAAAGCCUGCCUGGUUUGGCCCUCCGUCCAUGCUGGCUUGGUCAUGUGCCACCAUUGCAUGAACUGGAUCCAACUGCUGAAAUGUUACUGCAAAUGCCACUUUGAAUAUCUGCACACAGCCAACUCCUCACUGGCUGGGAGCCAGCAAGCACUUUGCUGUUGGUUGUCAAUCUAAGUAGACCCUUAUCAAGGCAAUGGAUAUUGUACCAUGUGAUAGGUUACAGGCACUUCAGGAUAAAAAACAAUGCAGGUGGAUUGUAGCAAUCCCUUGCAUAAAGGACAACUGACUCACCUAGUCACAAACCAAAAAUAGAAGCUAUAGUUCCUAAGAGUUUGCUCACUCACACUAAUCUUGGCUCACAUAAAUUAGCAUUUUUUCCUAACCACCCCCCCAACCAAAAACCAUUGUGUCUUGCUUUUUGUCUUGCCACCUCGAGGUGCUCAUCUGUGCUCUCUUAACUGCACUCAAAUCCCUAAACAGCUUCCCAUUUCACUAGUAACUUGCAUCUGGCCCUCUGCAGUGUCAACCACUUGCAAAGCAUUUUUUAAAAAUGAGCACAAAGCCCCAAACUCCAUAGCCAUGACAUAAGAGAACCAGAUGUAGAUGGGACAACCAUAUGAUUUAUCUCUGCCUUUGGCAAGUAGGACAUGGAAAGUUAAUUUAUGCCCCUCAAGGCAGGAGCCCUUUCCUACUGUGGCACCAUAAGAUCAUUUGAAGCAGGAUCUGACAAGACCAUUCUCUCUGUGUGUGUGUUGUCUUCCGUUGAGUUCAUUGCAUCUAUUCCAGUAUAAGUUGUGUGAAGAGAACAUCUCGUACUACCUUUCAUAUCCUACAGCAGAGAUGGGAACCUUUGGCCCUUUAGAAGUUGCUUAAUUUCCGUCAGCCACAGCCACCAUGACCAGUCUGGGUCAGGGAAGAUCAGAAUGACAGCUCAGCAACAUUUGGAGGUUCCCCACAGCUGCCCAAUGGCCAUAAGUAGAUAAGAAAAUUACAAACUAAGGCUGUAGUCAUAUGCCCACUUACUUUGGAGCUAGUCUUUUUGCACAAUCAUGGCUAGAAACAGGCUGUGUUCAUUCUGCAAGGUUCCCAUCAAAUCCAGUCUCCUCCACAGCUACAGUAUAAAAAGAGAGAGAUAACAUUUGUUUCAGCAGUUGGGGCAAUACAUAAUAUGCAGUAACAUAGGGAAGAGACAGGACCAGCAUUGUCUGGAGAUUUCAUGCAAGACACAUUCACCUUGAUCUGGUUCUGAUUCUUUGUUAUCAAGGAGCUCCUCUUCCCUGAAUAGUUCCCUCCGUUAUCUGGAGAGAGGAAGUAGGUCUGCAUGUGUAUUUCCUUCCCAAUAAAAGAUUUGCUGCCUCUACUCAGCUGAUUGAGGCAGAGUGUUGGGACAGGAGCCCCACAUGAGCAGAUAAGUGAAUAUAUAUGGCUUUGGAACAAGGUAUUUGUGGCUAUAUAUCUUGCUUUCACAUAGUAUCUAAAAUCAGAGGUGAAGCUCUGCAUUGUUGCAUCCACAAUAGCAAUGGAGAUAUCAAAAGAUGAAUUAACGUAUUUUAUAUUAUUAUUAUUAUGGCAUAUCGAUAGAUGAGAAGGAUGGGGUAAGGGGGAAAAAGCAGUUCUUUAAAAAUAGAGACAGUGGGGUAGGAUAGCCAAAGGCUUGAAGUACUGUAACAACACAAACAUCUCCUAGGCUCGGCAGAUUUUGCCAGUCAGUUUUCACAUUUCCCUAGAAUGUAUUUUAAUAUGAGAAGGUGCUUUGGGAAACUUCAGCCCAGGGCUUCAUAUUUUAGGACACUAUGCCAUAGAAACUAGCAACAUGUCUUCAAAUGAUGAAUUCAUAAUUAAAAUGCUGUGUAUAGUUGAUGCUGCUAUUGUGCAUGAGAAAAAUAUUGCCUCUAGAAGAGAUGUUUUCUAGAAAAUGCAUUUAAUAAUAUCCCUUUGGCAUCACUUCUGUGGGGAGCACACUUCUUAUUUUACAAACAAUUGUGGCUAGUAAAAUUACACGGCACACAUUUCUAAACACCUAGGGGUGUGUGAGGAAUAGUUUUGUUUUUCGGUUCAUUGUCACUUUUAAUGUUUCUUUUCUUUAAUUUUCUAUUUGUUUUCCCAUUGCUUUCAGUGGAAGACCCAGGCAGUUUUCUGUUUUAACUUGGAUGUUUUCUAUCCAGUUGGUAUGCAAUCUACUACCUCCCCAGGGCAUUAGACCCACUGAAUGGGUCCCCAUUUUAUAGGUUCUUAGAAGCAUGCCGAGGCACAGGCUAGAUGCUCUGUGAACUGAACACAGCUUUCACUGGUCUCUCUCUUUCCCCCUUACUGUGACAUUUCUCUGAACUGUGCAUAGACUUCUUCAAUGCAAAAGCAAUGCCUCUAAAGCAAUGCAGCUUGCAGCUGAAAACAGAGUAAGAACUUUAGUUUAAUUUUCAUUCAAAUUCCCAUUUACUAUAAAAACAGAUGAGUAAAUGAGGCUCAUUUGAUUUUUUAUUCAUGUUUCAAAUGACUGCACACUCUUACCUAGUAAAUGAAAUGUCAUUAGUUUCUGAAUAGAUGGGUUCUAAUCCAGAAAUGCACAUGUUCAACAGUGGACUUCACUCACGUGCUGUUCAGGUGGGGAGCUAGAGUAAUCAACUUUGUGUUCAAGCCCCGCUUUGGGCAAAAGAUUCCUGCACUGCAGGAGGUUGGACUAGAUGACCCUUGUGGUCUCUUCCAACUCUACAAUUCUAUGGUUGCCCAAAUGAGGCCUGGAUUUAUUCAUUCCAUUUUCCCUUGUGGGAAAACAAACCCCUGAGCCUGCAGAUGUCAGUCACUGGUUGAGAGGAAGUUCACAUACAACCCUGAAUGUAAGGCUUUUAAAAGGUGAGCCAUACUUACCGUCUCCUUUUGUGCUUCUGCUGGAAUGGGCUCUUGUCUGAAAUGCUGUAUUCCUUACUGAGUCAUUCCUAUGAAGUGUCAAAGUAGGGGUAAAGAACUUGUUCAGAUUGCAGUGCCUGCACUUUUAAAUUUAAUCCUCCCCAUGUUAAUGAGUAGGAAUAUUUUGAAGUCGAUAAAAAAAAUGCUUCCUUCAUUGCAGCCUAUUAAAACAAAUAAUGGAUCCACUUUAUGUCCCUAAUAAAGGGUUUGCCUUGAC